GGCGGCAGCAGCAGCGGGCGCGGAGCAGCGGCGGCAGGACGGCAGCUGAGCCUUCCUCGGCCGAGGGAGCGGCGGGAGCGGGAGCCGCGGCGGGAGCAGGAGAAGCAGCAGCCGCCGCCGCCCCCUCCUCCGGCCUUGAGCGCGCGGGCCCCAGAAGGGGGCGCGCCUCCAGUCCCCAUCCCGCAGCCGGGCGGCUACGCGGCGGCGGCGGCGGCGGCGAAGGAGGAGGAGGAGGAGGCGGCGCUGACGCAGCAGCGUGGAGCCCGGGACUCGGGCGCCCCGGGGCGUUCCAGCCGCCGGAUUCCAGCCCGGCCGGGGCCUCCGCCUGCCCUGGGUGGGCCCGCUUGAGCCGAACGGCGCCGGCAACGACGACGACGACGACAGAGGAGCAGCAGCCCGCCAGCGCCCCGGUGAGUGCGAGCGAGCCAGCGAGUUCGGCGUCAGCCUGCACCGGCCGGCCGGCAGCGCGAUGGGGCUCCGCCCGCCGACGCCGCCAGCCUCGCGAGCCCCACAAGCCGGAGGCGGCGGCGGCGGCGGCGGCGCUGCUUGGAAGGGCGCAGCGUCGAGGAACUUGCCGGGCGCGGGCGGGUGAUGGGAACAGGUGCCGCCGGGGAAGCGGGGGGCGGAGGGGGGCGCGGCUCUUGCGGGACGAGGCGGCGCGCAGGCUUCAGCCGGGGGCCACCGGGAACUUUCUGCUGGGAUCCGGCUGGUGCCGGCACGGGGCCCUGGAGGGGAGGGGAAGGAGGGAGGACGAUCGGUGGCGGUCUUCAGGCAGCGUGUCCCUCCGGGCGCCUCAGCCCGCUUCCCUGAUCUUCCUCGUGUCACGGUGGGUGGGUGGGUGGUUUGCUGGCUGCGGUUCCAGUAGCAGCCGCCGCCGCCGCCGCCGCCGCUCCCCUGCAACCUCCUCCUCUCCCUCUGUGUGUGUCGCCGGGGGCCUGCCUUGUCGCUGGGGGUGGGCGGCGAUCCCCCUUCCCCGAAGGGCGCCGUGGCCCUGGGGCUGGUCCUCUGUCCGAGCUGAAGGACACUCCGGGCUGCUCCCGUCUCUCCCCGCCCAUCACCCGGCCGCCGGAGAGCAGGGAGGAAAUGGCCCCCGGUGGCAGGUGGGCUGAGCUCUGGCAACGACUCCCCGGUGGCCCACUUGGAUCAUGCGAGCGAGGGUCAGGCUGCCGCUUCGCUUCCUGGGAUUAGCUUUAAGGUCUAAAGUUAUGUAAUAAAGCCAUUUAACUUUUACAUCGACGAUCGAGAAAACAACACCCCCUUUCCCCCUCCCGAUUCAUCUGGGGGAAAGGCAGGAACUGAACCCAUGGGAGACCACGUGAAGGGCCUCCUUGGCGCUCGCGCUAUCUCUCUCUCUCCUUCCCCCCUUCCUAAUUUUGUCCCCUGCCUCUUGGGAAACGACAUUGUCACCCAGUCUUGUUUCCUAGUUGGGAGAGGGCUGCUGUGUCUAUCCGAGGCACCUUUUGGGAUAAGCCAGACACAGAGACAGAUGUCCUGUUUAAAAUGGGCUGUAAAAGACAAAGACGCAUGCAACACUCUCUCUUUCUCGUGAGGGGUCUUUUGGAACAGGAACUUGGAACCGAGCGCCAGAACAGAAGCGAUCAAACCUAAGAGGGUUUAAAAAAAGAAAGUGGUCGUGGGAAAGAGGCAUCGGAAACUGAAUCUUGAUGGGUUUUCUCUAGAAAGAACAAGGCACUUAAUAACUUGACACUGGCUCAAGAGACAUGCCUCAGUGAGGCAAAGUAAAGUUACAGAUUUGCUGUGAUAUUUGAAAGCUGCCAUCAAAAUAGUGGAAGACGUUUGAGAAGUGGUAGCAAAAACAAAGGGAGCCAAGUGGAUGUGUUACUUGUUCCUGGAGAUAAUUAUUUUGUAAUUGUUAAUAGUUCAGGGAAUAUAAAUAUUUGUUUUGUGUGGUAUAUCUCUGUUUAUCACAACUUGGAUGUGUAGUGUUUGCUUAGGCCAAAAUCAGAUGUACAUUUUUGAGUGCAUUGGCUAUCAACUUUGGAAUCUUCUUCCCUUCCAGUAAGGAAUACUGGAAUGUACUUUAUCACUAUUCACAAGCUCAAUCUUCUCCUGUUUUAAAUGUCACCCCUUGCACUUAGGGAGAAGAUGCUAACACCAGUUUUCACACCCUCCUCAUGUCCUAAGAGUAGCAAGAGAGUGUACCUAAGAAGUCCCCUUCCCUUCCUUGUCUGACAGUUUCAACAGAGAGUGAACAAAUGGGUACCCAGAAUGAAAUCCACAUCAGUGUUUCUGACAGGUUAUCCUCCCUCGCACCAUAGCCUUCUGAAUAGGCAGGAAUGGGUGGAGAACUGAAAUGGUGCAGUUGAUGGAACAUUUCUGUUUGCAGGUGAUGUGUAAAAUUGUGGGAAGGUUAAAAUAUGAUUGGUUAGUCAUCCACAAUGUAUAUCUCCAGCCUGUUUAAAAACCUUUUACAGGCUCGUUUUAGAACUUCAUUUCUUUUAAAAACAGAAAAGAGGAUUGAAGUAGUAUUGUGAAAUUAUCUUUAGGGGUUCUUGUAGUACUUCAUGAGUGUUCUAAAAAUGUUUGGUAACAGCAUUAAAUUAAUCUUGUACUCAGAUUGUAGCAACUCAGUGUUGCAUGUUGGACGACUGUGUUGUGAAAAAUGUGUAUAGUUUUCAUUUUGCUUGUGUGUCAUCACUCCCUAUGCAUAACUACAGUGUGGAACAUCAGGCAUUCUGUUUCAUUAUGUAGACCACAUGUUCACACAUCUGACUUGAGCUUCUAAAAUCUGGAAGCUGUGUUUUACGUAGAAGAAUAAUGUUAGGAUUAGGAAAGUACCUUUCUGUUUUUAUUUCCAAAUUAAGGUUUCUUGUCAUAUAUGUAGAGGAAUGAAGUUAAGAGUCAGAUGACACUGAUUUCCAUUUGUUUCUAUCUUAUGGAAAACAAAACCGGUUGCUUGUGUUGCUUUCUGUAGUAAAAUGUGAAAGUAACUUCAGGCGAUCAGCUCUUGCUCCUUUCCGGAUGCUUCUGACUUUAUGAGAUUAGCCAGUUCUAGAUGGAUCAUUACGUUUUAUUUAUUUCUUUAGAUAUGUAGCCUGACUAAUCCUUAAGGCACGUAACAUUUCCUUAUUGCAUCGACUUUUGUUAAUUUCCAUUUUGUAAGAAAUUGAUCCAAGGCAGAUGCCUGAGAUCACCUGGUGAAUCCAUGGAUAAACCGUGGCUUUGAGUUUUGGUUUCACUGGCUGCCCUUCUUUCCAAAUUAUCCCUGUGUCAAGCUCUUGCCUACAGGGCAUUUGCAAGCUGUUAGAUGUGUUCUGUAGAUUGGAUUGAGAUCCAGAGUUCUGGUUUCAAGUAGGUGGCGCAAUGCUAAAUUUUCCUUGUGACAUUCCAAAGGGACUUUUACAGAGUGCUUGAGGAAUUCAUGCAAUUCUGGCAUCAUAAUAAAUCAGAAUAUUUGCUGGUUCAAGAGUCUUGCUUGUAUCGUGUUUGUAAGCUGAUCUAGUGCAUGCUUCUCUUCAAAGAUAUAUGCUGACUUUUUCAUUUGCUUAGUGUGUUUUUUAAGUUGUAUUGUUUGAUUUUUACUCAUCCAGUAUUUUAUGAAGCCCCUUGCCACACAGGGGCGUGAAGUACCUGGUCUAAAGGAAUUUUCUAGUACUGAUAGCUCAGCACUUUUUUUAGUAUUAGAAAUGCAGUAGCUUCUCUGUUGGACAUUGAGGGGGCUUUGUCCAUGCUUGCUUUAAGUCAGAUGAACCGGACAAAAGUGAAAGGUGAGAAUAGGUAUCAGCAUGUAGCAGUGAAGGUGGGCUGGAACAGGAUUACCUGUUAAGCAUCCAAAUGAAGAACGAGGAGAACGUUGUGAAUAUUGAAUAUAAUUUCAGUAUAAUGCAGGCAGGAAAAGCUGCACAAGCUGCACCAUCGUACAUAUACAUUGAAUAAGUGUGAAAUACAUUAAAAAAGGAUAGGAGGAUUUACAGUGUCUUUGGCCAUUUGCGAACUUUGGGAAAGAGUAAGCCCCAACAUUAAAUUACUGAAAUCUUCUUUCUUAACGUGUACGCUAAUAGUGUCGUGCUGUGUUGCACUUCUGGAGAAGUUAGAUGUCGCCUAUCCUAUGUUCCCAGCUCAAAGCAGGAUGAACAGAAAUCUGGAGUCCUUGUUAGAGAUGGGUUUCUCGUCUUAGUCAAGUGUGUAAAUCAGUCAUAGAAAACAAGGUUUGAAGGGAUCCUUGCAGGUAGUCUCUUGUAUGUACCGGGCCCCAGACUGGAAUUCUUGCCUGCAUUUAUAAUCAUCUCAAAAUAGAAGGGAAGUGGAUUUUAUUUAUUAAAAUACUUUUAUUCUUCACUCUACUUUCCGUUAAUGAGUAUUUAAAGGCGCUAACUGUUACCAUAAAGCACCAAUGCUGCAGCAAGCAAAGGCUCUAGCAGCUCAGCCAGCUGCUUGUGGCUGGAAAGCCAGACAGGAUGUUUGUGACUGUUGCCAUGGGAACAAAGGGGCAGUCCAUUCUGUACUGAGCACCGGAUGUUAGCUCAGUGUGUGUGUGUCAUUUGACCCGUACUGGAUGUACUUGGGAGGAGUUUCGUCUUGCUGUUGUUGAGUGCAGACAUGAUUCUCUGUACUGAUGUAAGAGGCAGAAAUAAAUGAUGUAAAUAGUUUUCUGUCUGCUUCUUUCCUCCCUGGGGACACCAAAGGGGAGAGAGGAAGAACGGUGUGUUCCUCUCAUACAUCUGAGAAGAAUCGCCGGACCUCGCCUGCUUAUCAGCAGAGUGGAGACGCGGGGAGGUCGACAGGAAUAUCUGCCGGUGCCUACGCUGUGGCACAUUCCUCUGACCCAGGCAGAAUUCCAACAGUGGUAGCAGAGGAUGGUUCCGAUGAAUUCCAACAGUGGCAGCCUUCGGAUGGUUGCGAUUCAUCGGACAUCUGCAUGAGAGGCUGGUGGAUUGUCCUCCUCUGCUCCAAGGGAGAAGGCAAGCGUCUGAAAGAAGCCAGAGGCUCCACAGACAGCUGGUGGAAAGAAGAGGUGUUUUCCAGAGCAACAAAGUUCAAGGUAUGCUGCAUUUCGGGCUAAAAGUGUGAACGCAGGAAGAUUAAUUCCCUGGUUCACGGAGCUGCGUUUCAAAGAAAACAAGAGCUCCGGAGGAAGAGGCCUGCAGCUUGAAGGCUGAAGCCUGCAUUCCACAAAUUUUUGUGGUAGAUAAGAAGUCCUAUUGAAAUGCAUUGUUGCUAGGUAACGGUCCUGGAAAGUUACUGGCAAAGGGGCUGGACUCUGAGUGUAAGCCUGGGAAAGCGAAACAAAACCAGAGAAUGUUUUGGCUACAAGGUUUACGAGCUCUUGGAAGGGACUUUUCAAUAGCAGCCUGAGUUUAGCUGCCAGGUGCAAAGAGCGUAAACAAUUUGCAGUUUGCUGCGUGAGAAAGGAAAAAACAACUGUUGGAUUUUACAGUUUGUUUGACAGCGUGAGCAAGAGGCUUGGCUUCAAGAUGGAUGCCAAGAAAGGGGAGGUUUGCCUUGCCCACCUCCCUUAACCAAUGACAAUUAUUCAUCUUGGUCUGUAAAGAUGAAGGCCCUGCUGCAGAAUCAGAGGCUUUUUGAUGUAAUUGAAAACCCCAUCCCUGCAGCACCAACCAGAGGUUGGGAGUCGCAGAAUGUAAGGGCCAGGACUGCUAUAAUUCUGUGUGUCUCAGAUGAUCAGUUGGUGCAUGUUCAGCAUUUAGAAAAUGCGAAAGAGGUAUGGGACACGCUGCGUACAACGCAUCAGAGAGAUGCUGGUUCUUCAGCGUUGCUGUAUUUUGAGAAAUUGACCAAUCUGAGACUUGCGCCUGAUGGAGAUGUUCAAGCGCACCUGACAGAAAUGAAGUUUCUGCGUCAACAGAUGGUGGAACGCAAUUUCCGUCUUCAGGAGGAAGUGUUUUGCUUCAUGAUGAUAAACAGCCUUAGCCGCACCUACAAGGUUGUUGCCAGUCAGCUUGGUUCCCUACCGGCCGCGCAGCUGACCGCGGAGAGAGUUUGUGCUGUGGUCCUGAAUGAACACGACAGACUUGCUGCACUGGAAGAAAAAGACAGGGGAGGGAAGAACAGAGUUCUAAUUCCCCACUGCUGAUGCUACUGGGGAGCAUGGUGUAGCAUUGAGUGCUGUCCGAUGCUACAAUUGUGGACAGACUGGGCAUCUACAGCGAAACUGUAAGAAGCCGCGCCAGUCAAGAGGAGCAAAGAGCAGCUCUACGAAGCCUCAGGCGUCAGGCAAAAGCCGUACCAAGUGCCAGGUGAAACCUGCAAAGGCUAUGAUGGCGAAAGGAACCACGCCAGAUGUUGGGAACUCGUUCAUAAUCGACACGGGCUGUACAAAACAUUUGUGCCCGCACAGAGGACUAUUUUCGACGUUGAAGAAGCAAAGCUUCACUGUGAAACAGGCCAACGGUCAGGAGUUGGAAGCGACUGGAAUUGGGACUGUGUAUCUUGAGAGUCUGAACUUGACUAUAAGUGAUGUUUACCUGGUUCCAGAACUGAGAUUUAAUCUGCUGAGCGUGUCGCAGAUUGCAAAGAAAGGACUGAAACUGUCCUAUGAUGCUAAAAGCUGCAAGAUCUACAAAGAUGGAGAACUGUUUCUUACUGCCAAAGAGAAAGAUGGACUGUAUUUGUUGACUUUUGAUCAAAGUGAUUACAUGAAAUGUAAUUCUUCUGAUGUUUCUAACGAAAUCUCUCUUGCAGGUGUGACCAGUGUGAGCACCAGGAAGGUGACUAAGACCAAGAAGGUCGACAGAGCAUUUCAGCGGGUGUAUGCUGAUGUGAUUGGUCCUCUAGAACCAUCUAGAGGCGGUGCAAAAUAUUACCUUUUGUGUGUGGAUUGUUUCACUAAUUAUUCUUGGGUUUAUAUGAUGGAGAAACCGCAAGAAACUUUAGAAAAGUUUCAGGAGUUUUGUGACAAGGUUAAAAGUAUGCAUGAUGCUAACAUUGAUUGUCUUUUCACAGAUGAGAAGCAAAUUUUUCUGUUGCAGAAGUUUCAGAAGUUCCUGGAUGGAAAAGGGAUAGACCACAAAGUUGCAGUCUCGCAAGAAGCGUGGAACAGGGGGGUCUGUGUAAAGUGAACAAAGAAUUGCAAAAGGGGAUGAAUGCGCAAUUGCUGAGUUCACAUUUGCCACAUGAAUAUUGGGCCGAAUCGCUAGCGUCCUAUCUUCAUGUGUGGUUGAGAAAGGUCUCAACAGAGUUGGGAUGUUCUCCUUUUGAGAAGCUGUUCAAUAGAAAACCUUCUGUUGCCUAUUUCAAGGUUUUCGGGUCUCAUGUGAGAACAGAAGCUCCAGGUGGUGUAAAGAAUGCCAGAGGCAUUUUUGUGGGUUAUGAAAAAGGUCUCUACAGAGUAAUUUUGUCUGAAUCUGGUCAGGUGAUUCUCACAAAGUUUCUAGAGAGUGCUCCUGAACAGGAGAGGUUGAUAGUACAGACAUUUCCCACAGGAAACGAUGAUGAUGAUGAUGAGUUUGAUCUUAUUGAGUUCAGUAGUACUGAUGAUGACACUGAUAGCUCAGAGAGUUCAGUUGUAACAGUCAUUGAGAGAAAAUCUCACACAAUGGAUAGACCUUCACAGGUGAAGGAUGAACCACUGAUUGCUACUGGUUCUCAACAGAGUCCAAAGGUUGAACCAGUGAGCACAGAAGAUCAGAACCUCAUACGCAGGUCUGAGAGAGUUACAAAGGGUGUACCACCAAAGAGGUACUCAAAAGAAUUUGCUAACUUAGCUGUUGCAUGUGUUGCUAUUGUUAACAAAACGUUCUGCUAUUUUUAAUCAAAACUACUGGCUCUGAAGAAAUAGCCCAGCGUAAAAUCAUCAUCAUGAAAGAGAAGAGCACACAGUCAUGGACCAGAGCCUUGUUGAACAGUAUCAUUUUUCAUGAAAUGCCAAAGCAGAAUCAAAGUGGGGGCUGGACGUUCAAGCGUUAAGAUACUUCCAAAGUCUGGAAGCCAAAACAGUAGCCUUGCACUGUUUACCUAUCAACUGCAUUUUAGUCAGUGGAUUGUUGAGCAGGGCUUGAAGACUUAGUACAGUCGUAGCUUGGAUGCCGAACGCCCUGGAACUCAGAUGUUUUGGCUCCCGGAUGCUGCAAACCCGGAAGUGGUUGUUCCGGUUUAUGAAUAUUCUUUUGGAACCCGAAUGUUCGGCAGGGCUUCCGCGGCUUCUUAUUGGCUGCAGGAGCUUCCUGCAGCCAAUAAGAAGCCAUGAUUUGGUUUUUGAACAUUUUGGAAGUUGAACAGACUUCCAGAACGGAUUCCAUUCGACUUCCAAGGUACGACUGUAUUUAUAAUGUGCAUUUUCAAUGCCUAUUCAAAUAAUUUUGAAUGCAUAUUUCUGCAAUCUUUUAUAACUUCCUGUCCUGCAAGGUAGGUCAAUACAGUGGUACCUUGGGUUAAGAACUUAAUUCGUUCUGGAGGUCCGUUCUUAACCUGAAACUGUUCUUAACUUGAAACACCACUUUAACUAAUGGGGCCUGCUGCGCCGCCACCGCCCGAUUUCUGUUCUCAUCCUGAAGCAAAGUUCUUAACCUGAGGUACUAUUUCUGGGUUAGUGGAGUCUGUAACCUGAAGCGUCUGUAACCUGAGGUACCACUGUAUUGUUAUGACCAUAUUGCAGAUGGGGUGGGUGGGUUGAGGCUGUGAGGACCAAGGACCUCCGAGUCCACACUCCUCAGCUGUGAUGCUGCAUCAAGCAAACUGCAGUUGGUAUGCUGCAAAUGGGUUAAACACUGUUUUGCCGUUUUGAGAGACUUUGUUAAAAAUACAGAUUUUUCUAGCAAAUUGAUUCAAGCAAAGGAUUCAUUUUCAUUCUUUUAAGAGAAGAAUCACAGCAAGGUCCAGAAUUGUAGGCAUUUCCCCUGUAAGCAAGACCUGUCAGUUUCAUUCUGGAUGCUUCCUCUUUGCGACCUUUGCCCCAGUAAGGCACCUGUCAUUGAUCUUUCAAAGCAAAGAGAAAACCGGAGCACCUUUAGGACCAGAAAUCCUCUGAUCUCUGAGUGGAUUUGCUUAAGCAUUAGAUAGAACCCCCAGCCCAACAUUCCUGUUGAAAACCUGCCUUAAUCUCUGUGAACACAGUCUACAACAUUCUUUAUUAUAGCACUUUUAAAGAGGCCCUUUGUCGAGGCAAAGCUUCAUAUAGGAGACAGUGAGAGAACUUAAGACACUCUUUAGAUUUGGGUCCUCCUCCUAAUGUUUGUGGGAUUAGUGACCCUUUAAAGUGGGGCACAGUGUGACAUUUCAUAGACAGCUUUGCAUUUUUCCAUCAUUCUCCUAUUUGUUUCCCUUAUAAGAAACACUCCUAAUGAUACCCCGUCAUUCACGUAGCAGUACCGAAUCUGCUUUCACAAUAUUUACAGCUCCUCCUUGAAUCAAUCCUUCAAAGUUUCUGUGCCAUUUUUUGAAGGCUUCUGUUCUCCUCCUUUAACAAAACAAACAAACAAACAAAUGGAAUGUUGGCUUCUUUAUAGCCCUUCACAGCUUUUUAUAGAACAGUAACUCUUCGAUACUGUCCUUUUGAAUAAAAAUAUCUUACGGGGACAGAGACAUUAAGCUACCAUAUUUUUCGCGCCAUAAGACACACCUAGUUUUUAGAGGAGGAAAACAGGGGAAAAAAUAUUCUGAACAAAAAGUGGAUGUAUGAUUUUUGUGGUUCAUACUGUGGCCACAGACAUGUGAUUUGACGGUGAGUUUGGGGUAGCCCAAUGCAAAAAUCCUGGGAAUCCAUGUGGAUCCGUGCUUUGUAACCACGUUUUUGCGCCAUUGUGGCCCCACGAAAAAGUGGAUGUGGGUGUGUUUUGGGUGCAGGCUGUAGCCAUGGACAUGCUAUGUGAUCUGGUGGUGAAUUUGGGGUGACCCAAUGCAAAAAUCCUGAGGAUCCAUGGGCUUUUACCUUUCCCCUCCCAGGCAGCCUCCUUUAUCUCUAGCUCCCUUAUCUCCCUCCCCGAUCGCUUGGUGAUUAGUGGCUUUGUUUCAACACCCACUUCCCUCUUUUAAAAAACAACAACAACAUGAUCUGCUUUUCGCUCCAGGGGCCACACAUUCACCCCAUAAGACGCACAGACAUUUCCCCUUACUUUUUAGGAAGAAAAAAGUGCAUCUUACGGAGCAAAAAAUACGGUAUAUCCAGAGUUGCGUUACAGAAGGAAGUUUAUACUGUGGGUCUUUCCUAUCCCUUCCUCUCCACUGCAACUUCCCACAGGCAACUGAUUAGCUUCUGUGAAAACAAGAUGCUGGACUAGAUGGGGCAUUGGCCUGAUGCAGCAGCCUGUUCCUGUGUUCUCUGUGUCGAACUAUAGACUGUAAGUCUUUUAACCAGGGCCUGUUGUCCUGCCAUGUACUCCAGUAACUACUAUUCAGUGGCUGUUGCUGCUGAGUAACUCUUUGAACCUGGUAGGCACCUCUGGCAUUCUUUUCCUCCUGCAUUUGCCUUGUGCAUCCCUGAUUUCAGGCUAUGGUUGCUAAAAAGAUGGUCCGUUAAUAUGUAUUGAGGAUGUGAGAUGAAUGCAUGGAGGAGUCAGCCCUUGGGACAAGAGACUGUUUUCCUCAGCCUUGUGAUCCUUUUUAAAAAAUAAAAUAAAAUUGCUGGUGCUUCUUGCACUGUACAGUGGUACCUCGUUACAUACGCUUCAGAUUACACAUUCCGCUAACAGAACAGAAGCACAGAAAUAGUGCUUCAGGUUAAGAACUUUGCUUCAGGAUAAGAACAGAAAUCAUGCCGCAGCGGCAGCAGGAGGCCCCCUUAACUAAAGUGGUCUUCAGGUUAAGAACAGUUUCAGGUUAAGAACGGACCUCCAGAACGAAUUAAGUACUUAACCCGAGGUACCACUGUAUUUGAAACUUUUAUUGAAAUAGAAGACUGGGAAUACUUUUUCUUCAAAUACUGUUCAGACUUAUUCCAGUACAGAAGCUUGACUCCCAGCAAUCAUUAGAUGCAAAACAAACAGCUGAAAUAGUUGGUGAGCCUUGGUAGUCAGACAUGCAAUUAUACCUUAUCAAUUGGUACCACAAGUAACAUAACUAUUUUAAUUAAUACCUGUUAAUUAAAAAAAGAAAACUCAUCAAGUAGAGAAUACUGAGAUGACACAUUUGGAUUUUGCUUCUGUGCAAUGCAUAUUUUCCUCUCCCCACUAACCUACAUAAGUAGUUGUAAACACUCAGAUGAAGGAAUAAUGCAAAGAGGCUAUUGUGGAAACAACUUCUAGUUUUCAGCUAAUCAAUUGAACUAAUUGAAAAUCGCCAUUAUAGCCCUGUGCAUAACUGUAAUUUAAUUGUAUUGAACAAAAUAGAGAAAGUAAGGAGCACUGCACAGUGAAUGUGUGCUACGUAACAAAAGUUUGGAUUGGUCGGCGUAGGACACAACCAUGGGUUGUGUGUGUGCACUAACAAAAUUAUGAGUGAGCCCCUGUGCUGAGCUAAUUCCUUGCGAUACAAUAGGUUGCUCACUCUUGAUUUCCCAAAUCAGUUAGGGUAACUUGUGACGUUUCUGCAUAUUAGCUGCCCUAAACAACAACAACAGCAACAACAACACAUUUUUUUUAUUGACGACUCUCUUGUGUUCUGCUAGGACAUUUGGCUGAUUCAGUCGCUAGAGUAGCAACAGAACAAGGGCAAAGCAGUGAGAGAUUGUAUAGGCAACUUUGAAAAGUCAGCAAGAAAUGCACACAGAAGCAAAAUUGCCAUGGGAUCAGGAUACGAACCUAAUACAGAUUUCAGAAGAUUGCUGUAUAGAGUUAAUUAUGUUGAUAGCCUUGAAAAAGGGGGCAUUUUUUGGACAGGAGAUUUUAAAUCCAAUUCCAGACAGUUCCAGCCUGAGAGGAUUUCAAGUGCAGUAUUUUUUUUAAACUGUUAAGAGGAGCAAAAUACAAUAGGUCUGUGGAGUUGAUGAAAGUUAUACUUCUUUAAUUUAGUGGUGCUUAGUUCUUUCACCGGAAUUAUUCCUUCGCCUUCAGGUUUGCACAAACUAAUGCAUUAUAUCAUUGGGGCAAAGUUUUAUGUUAUCCAUGAGCCAGAUGUGUUUCAGUGGGUAAUGGGAACCCUUUUUCUAAUUGGAAAGGGGAGGAUUUUUAUCUAAAGGCCCCAAAUUGAUUAAUGUGGCAAGUGAAGGAAAAAAGAAACCACAACGCUAAUGAAUGAGUUUAGUCUUCGUCCUGGAUUAACAACCAAGUCGGAAUUUAUGACUUUUCAUAUCACAUAGCUGUAAAAGCAAGAUAUAAUUUCUUUCAAAUUCCUUAGAAACCUUCAAUAAAAUAUUUGGGGAUUAAAAUCACUUCUAACUCUGGGAUUUAAUUUCAAACACACACAGUCCUUUAGUUGAUAAGAUUUAAAGAGAUCAGGAUCAGUAGAAUCAAUAUGGAAUAUCAUAGAUAACAGUAAAUGGCUAAACUUAUUUCUCUUUUGUCCUAAAGUAUAUACUUUAUCAUGAACAUUUUAAAAUAAUAUCCAUCUUCAUCUUAGUGGGUCAGUCAGUAUCAGUCCAAAAUGGAUAUCUGGUUAUAAAGGAGGAACAUAAUGUAAAAAUGUAUUCUGACACCUUUGUAUUGUUAUCGUUUAUUUUAACUUGGAGUAAACAGGAGUGGCAUAUCCUUGUGUUCUAAGGUAUUCUUAUCCUGUCACAAUCCCUCAUAUACCUUUUAAUGUAGCAGGUAACAUUAUUAUUGUUUAGAACACGGUCCAUUUUCUUACUGCUGUUAAUCCAUUAAUCUCAAUAGGUGUUUUAAUUGGUUGGGAAAACUAGCCAGUUUCUAGAUAUGACAGUCUAUUGAACUUUCAAGAAUGUGAUUGUAUUUAAUUCUACUUAGUAUCUUAGCAGAGGUGAAUUUUUUAAAAAUGCGGAAUGCACAUGCGUUUACAUUUUCCCAGCUAGCUGCUUAUCUUCCACAGGUGAUGAAUAUUAGUACUUUGGGCUAGUUUACUAAAUCUGAGGUGUUAAGAGCACAUACUUAUAACUGGUCUUUAAUCAGUUUUUAAGGUGUUACUUGAGAAUGAAAGUUUACAAGAGGCUGGAAGAAGAGAUCUAAAAAUUACAACAGCUGAACAUGUAUGGAUUUACAUUUUUUAAAAACAGUUCCAGAUAUCAAUAGCUGAUAGUCUAAAAGAAAACCACUAUAUGGAGUAAUGCAUAUAUACAUAUGUGAUUCCUGUAAGAUUCAGGAAAUUCUAGGCUAUAUUUGGAAGUGUGGUUUAGUAGGAGCAGACUGUAAACAUUGGUGGGUUGAAAAUUCAGCAUACAAGCAUACUCAAUACUUUGGAUAUUCCUUAUGCGUAGAUUCAUUAACAAUCUUACUCGGAUAUGUUAGAUGUCUGAGUAUUAGCAAAAAGGAUGCUAAAGUGGUUCCAACAUAAUGGCAGUGAAAAUAGAGAUAGCAAGACGGAAAGUGCACCUGCUUUGGAAGUCUCUAGUGAGUUUGUGGGAAAUAAUUAAAAUAGUUAAGGUUGACAGUGAAAUGUAGGGAAGGAAGACAAAUAAUUCCUUUUCUGAUGGCAAAAAUAUACUAAUGGGAUGGAGCACAUGGAUUCAGUUAUAUAAGCUAAUAUUUUGGAGCUAUGACUGUGAAUAAUAUUUCAUAAUGUGUAUGAAAUGUGCAAAAUUGUUUUUUUUAAAAAUACCUAAUAUUCCUAAGUUUGCUAUACAGUGGUACCUCGGGUUACAUACCCUUCAGGUUACAUACGCUUCAGGUUACAGACUCCACUAACCCAGAAAUAGUACCUCAGGUUAAGAACUUUGCUUCAGGAUGAGAACAGAAAUCGUGCUCCCGCGGCGCAGCGGCAGCAGGAGGCCCCAUUAGCUAAAGUGGUGCUUCAGGUUAAGAACGGACCUCCGGAACGAAUUAAGUACUUAACCCGAGGUACCACUGUAUAUACCAUUUUAAAUCCCCAAAGGAUUCCUGAAAGGUAAAUAAAGCAAAAUUUACUUGAUUGCUAGCAGAACAGACACUAAGAUGUACUUAUGCUGUAUGCAUCUUUACUCUAGCUUAGUUAAAAGUAUUUUUCAUGCAAAAAAUGCAUGCAGAUAUGAAUGCUUGGGGUAAAGGUUGAAGCUCCAUUGAAACAAGACUUGUCUAUGUGAAGCUGGGUGGGUAAGCCAAAAUCCUGGAUUCCCUACUGAAUUGUUUGGGGAGAAUUUGGCAACCAUAAAGAGACAUAAAUGUUGCUAAAUAGUGGCAGGAAUGUGCAAGAAACGGUUUGAUGGGUUGAAGAAACUAUUUAACACCUGGACUCAUUGGUAUAAAGCAAGAAGUUAGGGAGGGAAGCUUUUAAGCUCUAAGAAAACAAGAAGAGCAGGCAUUGGAGUCUGCAGCUGGGGGCAUCCAUGCAAAUUGUGACGCUUCCAGCUUUCCUAGGGGAGAGCGAGACAGUGUGUGUAAUCUUUUCAUGGCUCAGGGGUUCAUUUAUUAUAACUCCCACCAUGUGACAAUUCUACAGUAGUUAGAGAAACAUAAGUACGUAAAAACGGCUAUUCUCAUCACAGUGGUUAAAGUCGUUUAGUCUGCACUGCUAGUCAAGCAGUAUUCUCCAUUGCUUUUCUGCAUUUUUGUUCGGCGUCAUCUGCUGUCCUGGAAAUGUUGACAUCAGGUGAAGAACUUUCCUGUUCCCUCUAUUAGGGCAGCACGCGAAUGUACAGUAAACCUGGAUGUUUCUGUACAGCCUGCUGCAUCAUCAUCCCUACACCAGCGAUUACAGCAAGUUAGAACAGGGCUGUCGUCAUUAUCAUUGUUUGAGAUUUCUGAAACUGACCAAAGGCUAACUUUGGGGCUGUUUUCCCCAGAACAAGUCCCCCAGUGUCCAGGCCUAUUUGUUAGUCGAUUUGGCAUAUUCAUACAAUACCCAAGCUCUCUCUCUGUGUAUGUGAUUUCUGAGUCCACAUCCUGUACUUGGUGCAUACGUUCACAUAUGUCAGUUGUGAUCUGGACACUGAUGAUAACAUAAGAAUAGCCUGCUGGACCAGACCAGUGGCCCAUCUAGUCCAGCAUCCUUUUCUCACAGUGGCCAACCAGAUGCCUGUGAGAAACCAGGGAGAAGAACCCAAGCUCAAGGGCGCUCUCUGACCUCCUGCAAUGUCCAGCAACCAGUAUUCAGAAACAUUGCUAACUCCAACAGUGGAGGUAGUGUAUAGGCAUCAUGGCUAGUAGCCAUUGAUAGCCCUCUCCUCCGUGAAUUUGUCUAAUCCUCUUUUAAAGCCAUAAUUACCUCCUAGGGGAGCGAGCGUCAUAGUUUGACUAUGCACCGCAUGAAAAAGCGCUUUCUUUUAUCUGUCCUAAAUCUUCCAACAUUUAGCUUCAUUGGAUGUCAAUGAAUCUGUCAUGGAAAGCAUUUUAUCAGAAAGUCUUAAAAUACUACUAAAUGCUACACUCUUCAGAAAAUAUGUUGUCUUUCAUUUAUCAAAGGUCUGGAGGUGUUUAAGCAGAGGUUGAAUGAGCAUUUGUCAUGGAUGCUUUAGCUGAGAUUUCUGUCUUGCAGGCGGUUGGACUAGAACAGCCUUUAUCAACCUGUGGGUCCCCAGAUGUUGGACUACAACUCCCAUCACCCCUAGCUAGCAAGGCAAGAGUUCAGGGAUGAUGGGAGUUGUAGUCCAGCAACAUCUGGGGACCCACAGGUUGAGAACCACUGGACUAGAUGAUCCUUGUGCCCCUUCCAACUCUACAAUUCUAUGAUUCUAUUAUUCUAUGACUGGAAAUAUAGAAUUGAUUGACUUUCCUUAUGACUAUAAUGUUUUGAAGUCACAAAGGCCUUUUGGUUAUACCCCGUGAUUUUUUAAAGGGGGUACUCAAGGGCACACAGUUGUUAAAAAGUGUGACACUAUAAUAACUUAAUGGUGAGUACCAACACCUAUUUUUUGGGGGGGGGAGCACUGGUUAUACCAUCCCAUUUUCUUGUUUUGUUGUUUCUGUUUUAGCUAUUGAUUUGUGCUUUUAUCUCGUGUUUUUAAUCUUGUGAACUGUCCUGAACUGUCUUUUGAUGAAGGGUGGUAUAUAAAUCUUAAUAAGAAUAAGAUUAAUUCUCAACUCUGUGUUUGUGUUGGACAAAGUGGGAGUGGGCGCUUGAUUAUGGUUACUGUUUUCGGUUUCAUAUAUAUAUUUAAUCACAUUUGUUUAAAAAGCAGUAAGGACUAGAACAGUAAGGACUGCAAAGGACCAAAUGAAGUAUGCAGCGCAGAGAGCUGCCUGUCUCUACUUGCAUGACAAAACCAUCCUUGCAGCUCCUGCCUUCUGACUCUGCAGAGCUUGUAUUUUGGGACACCAACAUCACCCAGUCCUUCAUGCUGGGUAAUGCUGGCCAAGAUGUGGUGUUUGCAUUUGAAGGUGACCUCAAGUGAUGGCCUAAGCAAUUUUUGCAAAAGUAGCAUGAUCCUUGGUAAGAGCUGUCUAGCAUAUGUAGCAAAGAUUAUUUGGGAAGAGAGACUUGGGUCUGAGAGAGGUCUCUGGUAGCCAGAGGUGCAAUUUUGUAAUUUUAUUUUCGCACUAAUUUCCUGCACUAUUGCUGCUCAUAGCAAGCUUUCAUGAAACAUUUUCAUGGUGGAUCAUUCCACAUCAGACUUAAGAAGCUGAACAACGAUUGGUACCAGAACAGCAAAGAAUCAAGCACAAGGGAUUUCUCUCUUCCUUGUAUACACCUUCAUGGUACUUCUGUACCCGUGGGUAGUAAUUCUUUUUGAUGAUUAGGCUGUAAAUACUGGAAUAAGCAUCUGUAGAAUGAGAGUGGCUUUUGGUCAUGAAAAAUUGCUGCUGUGUCAGUAGUGCCCAGCAAUGUAAGCACAACCAGCAAAGACCCAAUAACACCCAUGGUAUACCACAACUGUUCUAAAACCACCAAAACAUGGUUGAGUACUUGAAGCCUUAGUAAACAUUAUUUUGCUUCUGGAAUGUGGCCUGGGCUCCUUUGAGAGAGAAGGGGCAGGAUAUAAAUAAUAAUAAAACUUGAAUUGGUGCUGUUGUUGGCUAACCUAUAGAGAGUAGAAAGUGUUGUUUUCCUAAUCAUCCAUACAUGGAGAGCAGGUAUUGUAGGCAAUGUUGUAGGUGUUUCUGGUUUUGGGGAUUAGGGUGAAAGGAGGCCAUGGGAUAGAAAUAGGUCUUGCCUCCCUGGCUUGGCAUAGUGAAGAUUGCCAUCUUAAAAACGAACUAGUCUUCUCUGCAGGGAUAGAACUGAGGAAGAACUUCAUCUAUGACUUCAAGGAUUGUAUCCUACAAAGUCGUCCCGCGUGCAAAACUGAACUUCAUGCUCCCCCCAAAUCUGUUUACGUGGUUCCCUCAACCCUCCCAAGCGGGAUGGGGGGACGGACAGGGAGGUGAAAGGAAAGGUGAAGUUUUGUUGUUCAAGCAGAAGCCCCGGCACAAACAGGAUAACUUUGUUUGGUACCACCCUCCAUCUUGUGCACACUUGGAGUAAUAUCCCAUUGUGGGACGUAGAAUCAUAGACAUGGAAGGGACUGCAGUGGCAGACUAGCUCAACCCCCUGCUCAGUGUGAAAUCUACAUGCAGGGUGCAACUAUAACCUCCCUAAUAGAUGGCCAUGGAGCCUCUGCUUAAACGCCUUCAUUGAAAGGGAGCCCACCACCUCCCAGAGCUCAAAGCUCUUAGGGUUAGGAAGCUUUCCCUUAUUGUAUAAUUAAAAUCUGUUUCCCUGCAAUUUUCACUGGUUGGUUCUUGUCCUGCCUUGUGGAGCAGCCGAGAACAAGUCUGACCCACCUUCUGCACGACAGCUCUCUUGAGCAGUGUUUCACAAACUUGGGUCUCCAGCUAUUGUUGGACUACAAUUCCCAUCAUCCCUAGUUAGCAGGACCAGCGGUCAGGGAUGAUGGGAACUGCACUCCAAAAACAGCUUGGAGACCUAAGUUUGGGAAACACUGCUCUUGAGUCUAUCCAUAGGAGUGGGCUGCAGCUGCAGGUUGCUCUUCAAUCGUAUCUGUAGAAUAGGUACAGGACUAGUGUUGUAACCACCGUGUGAUAAGCUUGUAUUCUUCUUUGAAUUGUGGCUUGCCACCCACACCUUACUUGGCAGGUGCAAUAUUCUGCUGAACUUCACUAUUUGGCUUCUACAGACUGUAGUGUACUUCCAAAAUUUCAUAUUCCACGAAUGAAAUGUUUUUGUUGUGAUAAUAAAAACCGAUACACACUUCCAGUAAAGGGUGUGAAAAUGUGCUCUCUACAAGAUAGAAAUUGUAAAGUUUGUGAAGUGUUUUUUAACUCGAAACACCUUUGAAGUUGCUUUCUCAGUGCCAUUAAUUUACUUGUUUACUUGACGGGAGAGAAGAGCAUCUAUUUUCUUCCGUCAAAUGGUGGAGUGUGAGACGCACCUUUGAUCAGCGAAAAGGAAGACUUCUAGAGGCCAAGGAAUCAUAGCUGCUCUAUGGAGGUCAUGGAAGUAAUGAUUCCACUUUCCCCCUCACGCUUGGGAGGUUUAACUACAUAAGAUGUGUGUCUUUUACUGUAUGUGGCUGCUUGGCCUGUGUGCAAUCCGGAUAGAAGUGCCUGUCUUGGGAUUUAUCUGAUCUUUCCUACUGUGAGGAUACAAUUAGUGAUAAAGGCAAAGGUUUCUUUCUCUUGCUGGGAUGGGUAUGUUCCAGGAGGUCUAGGGGCAGACGCAGGAGGUACUUAUGAAAGCAUGAGGAGGCUUAAAAAGGGAUCGCUGCUUGGUAGACUGGCGCUUGCAGUAGGAAGGACUGCGUCUAUAAAAUGCACGGCUUGAGAAAUGUGCCUUUGGGAAACAAAAGCUGUUAAACAGAUUUUCGCUGCAUAUCAGUGGUGUGGCCAAAUUUUGUGUGUGUGUGCUGGUGAUAGGAGGGUGUUUCUUUAAAUUUUUUUUAUUAUUAUUCUUCAACAUUCUUGUUCAUAUUCUUUGGUUUCUGCUCAUGCAUUCUGUUCAGGUAAUACCUUUCCAGUGUUUGAUGGAAACUGCAUAGUUCAGCAUAGUUUUUUGGGAAAGUAGCAUGUGCAUCUUAUAAAUACAAACGCGUUGAUAUGAUGCAGUCAGCUUUUGAAUUACACAGAACUAUUCGAAUGGAAAAUCUUAGCCAGAACACCUUGCAUUUCAUCUGUGUCCUGUAGAUCGGAAAGGCAUCCAGAAAAGUGAAUUUAUAAAUGAUGCUGUUAAUGCAAAAUUUGGUCUACUAGGAUUAAUAAUCUGUGUUUGGCAGUAGAUGAUACUAAGUUAUUUGUGACCAAGUGAAAGUUUUCAGUGUUUACUGAGUUUGUGUGCAGAAGUUCAGCUAUCCACAAGAAUUGGUAGCUAAUAGUAAUGGUUCCAAGGUCCCUGUGUGCAUGUUUUUCUCAGUCCAGUGAUCACGGUCAGCUAGGCUGUGAUUCUUCUGUGAUUUCCAGAUACCUCUCCUUGCAUGUAUACACUGUAGCUGAGUGGUUGGGUGGAUCCUAAGUUCAAUUGACCAGGCACUUUCAAGAGCUCCAAUUAGGAUUAGGCCUAGGCGAUGUAUCAAUACAUCGCCCAGGACCGGUAUGAGGAGCAAACCGCAAUGUUGGCUUCACUCAGUGAUAUAUCACUGGUGAAACCGCCAUCCCACUCUGCCCUCAUACUGUGCAGAGGGAGAAAAAAAGCUACACUGGCAAGGUGCUGAUACAGCUUGUUCCUCCCUCUGCAUCUUUGAACUGCUCGGCUGAGGAGUGUGCGGUUGCCGCUCCCCUCAGCCGAGCAGUUAAAGGAUCCCCCAGCCUGGCGCUGACUCCUGCGCAAGCGGGGGGAGCACCAGGGAUGGCUCUGCCAGCUGAGCCGUACAAACAAGCUGCCUUGUCCCAGCCCGCUAGGCGCUGGGGUGAAACUGUCUCAGCUCCGGCAGUGAGAGCUGUGGCAAUUUCACCCGGUCUGAAGCCAAUGCAGCUUGUUUUUUCAACAUCGUGGUAUAUUGCCAGACCACAGUGUUUCGCUGGUGAUAUAUCACGAUGUUGAAAAGCUGAUAUUGCCCAGCCCUAAUGGGGAAUAUAUUAAUAUUAGGACCAAGGGACAUAAAGAAGCAAAGCAUUGCUUUUAAAAGGGGUGAGAAUGACAGUGUGGCACUUGUUCAAAAGAAAUCCUAUAGCAGCUGUUCUGAGGUACAUAGCAGAGUAUCCUUCUACAGGCUCAGCCUGGGUUCAGUUGGUGAAAGGGGGCAAACAAAGCACUGCAAGGUCAUCCAUAAUAAAGGCAAACUCCAAAACCACAAUAUUUUAAUGGCAUGACUCCCAUGUGAUUUUGGAGAACGAAUAAGAAUCCAGUCAGUGAGGAUUUUGAUUAUCUGGGGUUCUCGUUCUCUCUCUCUCUCUCUCUCUCUCUCUCUCUCUCUCACACACACACACACUAAGAGAGAGAGAGAGAGAGAGAGAGAGAGAGAAGUGGCAAUACUUAGCACCUUGUUGAGUUUGUGAUGUUUUUCUUCCGAUAUGUAGGAUGAUGCAAACACUGUGUGUGCAUUUUAUGAACGGAAGAUGUCUGUGGGCAGAGAAGGGGGGUUCUGAAGAGAAGCAGGGGGUUUGGGCCUUUGUGUUUGUUACACUGGCUAUUUAGCAAAUUAUAUGCUAGCCCAGGUUUUGUAGCCAACACAACUGGGAGGCAUAUUCACAGCUCUUUGAAAACUUUUUUUAAAAAUUAAGCAGCAUAUAGAUAAAUGACUAAUAAUAAUAGUAACUACUAGUUUGACAGUUUUUUUUGUAAAUUCAUACAGUGGUACCUCGGGUUAAGAACUUAAUUCGUUCUGGAGGUUCGUUCUUAAUCUGAAACUGUUCUUAACGUGAGGUACCACUUUAGCUAAUGGGGCCUGCCACGCUGCCGGAGCACGAUUUUUGUUCUCAUCCUGAAGCAAAGUUCUUAACCCGAGGUACUAUUUCUGGGUUAGCGGAGUCUGUAACCUGAAGCGUCUGUAACCCGAGGUACCACUGUACUUAGAUUUUUAGAUGCAUAACUAGGGAUGUUUCAGAUAAACCCCUAAAAAUGUAGUGCAUGAAUUGGCUUUGCUGCACUCAUUUCCUGUAUGCUAGAAAUCAUUCCACUAUGUAUGGGAGUUUAUGACUAAGGUGGGGAUUCCCACACAGCAUUCCUACACAUGGGAAAAAAUGUGUCACUUUGUGUUUAUGUGAAAUAAAUAUAUUUUGCCCCUACAUGUUAUCACUUGACACUUGUUUACAUAGAAUUGCUUUUGCCGUUUUUUUGCCACCCAUUCAGUCGGUUUGGAGAAGUCAUUUUGGAGCUCUGUGCAGUCCCUUUUUGUUUUGAUGACCCUGAGCAGUUUUGUACCAUCAGCAAAUGUGGCCACCUCACUGCUCAACCCAACCGUGGAUCAUUUAGGAACAAGUUAAAAAGCACAGGUCCCAGUACUGAUCCUUGGUGGGUCAGCACUCCACUUUCAACAUCCCUACAUUGGGAGAACUAUUUAUUCCUGCUUCCUGUUGUUUUAACUAGUUCCUAUGUGACCUGGAACACCUCUGGUAUGCUUACUGAAACUCUCAGAGAACUCAAACAGGUUUGUGAGACAGUACUUGCCCUUUAAGAAGCUAUACUGGAUCUGUUUCAGCAAGGCUUGUUCUUCUGUGUGGUUGGCUAUUUUAUCUUUAACAAUACUUUUCGCCAGGUUUCCCAAAAAUGAUGUUGAGCUAACUCACCUGCAAUUUCCAUUAACCUCCCUCUCCCCAUCCCUGAUCCUUUUUUGAAAAUUGGUGUUGCAUUGGGCACUUUCCAGUCCUGAGAUAUAGAGGCUGAUCUUAGCGACAAAUUACAUUUUUUUUGUUAGAAGAUCCAGCAAUUUCCCCUUUGAGAGGUUCUUUGAGAACUCUUCAGUGGAUACCAUCUGGAACUGGCAAUUUGUCAGUUUUUAUUUUGUCUAUUCUGCCUAGAACUUCAUCUCUCAACACCACUGUUUGCCUCAGUUCCUCAGACACCCUUCCUGCAAAAGUUAGUUCAGGCACAGGAAUCUUCCAUUUAUCUUUCCCUGCGAAGAUAGAUGCAAAUAAUUAAUUCCGCUAUAAUCGCCUUAUCUUCCUUUGGCAUUGGAACUUUGGGAAGUAGCUAAACUUUUGGAUGACAAAAGAGUCAGAGGUGUGCUAAGGGGACAACUUUGUUGGAUACGAUUCCUUAUUAAUUAUGUUUUGUUUUGAAGAACUACUUUGUGAAGAGGAACUUUCUUUUAUCUGCCUCAAAUCUUCUGCCAAUCAAAUACUUUGAAUCACGUUCACCAUUUUACUGCCUGCUCACCCUGGAAAUAUUCUUUGGGGAGCUGUUUGCCAUUGAACAGGUUUUCAUCGUCCUGAAUAACAGAUGUUAUCUGCAGGCUUGGGUACAACAUUGCUGACCCCUUACUCCAAAUAUUUAGGUGUGUUUUUUAUAUAUAUAAAAAAUCUGUCUUCUAAUCCAUAGAAGGACACAUCCUAUCCCACAACUUUUGUCAGGAAAUAUUAUCCAAACCAUUGCAGAAACAGAAAUACAUAACGUCUACAUUGUUUCUGUUGAUAUGUAUGCCUUUAAUCUCAGAGUAUUUGAAAAGAUUAGUAAGGCAGAACCUUUCCUUAGAGAAACCAUGUUGAUAUCCUCCAGAAACAGACUGAAAGGGGAAAGGGGAGGCAUUGUGUAGGACCCCUCAAAAGGUUCAGAAGAACAUCAGAUGAUGUACUACUUGUGUACUAUUAGUUACUUAGAUAGGCAAAGGUUUUGUAGUACAGUAGUUGCUAUAAAGUUCUGAUGGCCUGAAUUUAUGGCUGGGUUUUGUUUUAACAUGGAACAACAGGAUUCAAAAGCCAAACUGUUUCUAUACAGCACACAAUUAAGCACAUUAUAGCACAUCCUUUGACAUUUUUUUUUACAAAGAACUCAUAAAAUUGUCUUUGUUUAAAGUUUUAACUUGGAAGGAAAGCCUCAUAGAAAUUGUGUGUAUGGCUGUUCCUAGGAAUUUGAAAGCACCAUACCCACCCCUGUCACUUGGAAAUUGAUGAAUCAUUAUUAUUUGUGCUUGUCAUCAAAGGGUUGUGUGUUUCUUUUAUACCUGUCUAAUAAUCCUGGGUUAAGUCUUUUUAAAUUGUACUCCUGAGACCAACAGUGGAGGUUUCGUUUGUUAAAUUGCGUUUUCUCCCAAAAGGAAAAAUCAUCCGGAGUAUCUUGUUGCUAGUGGUGGUUUCCAUUUGACUUUUUCUAAUACAGACUGCAUAGUAUAACACAGGGGUCAGCAAACUUUUUCAGCAGGGGGCCAGUCCACUGUCCCUCAGACCUUGUGGGGGGCCGGACUAUAUUUUGAAAAAAUAAAUAAAAUGAAUGAAUUCCUAUGCCCCACAAAUAACCCAGAGAUGCAUUUUAAAUAAAAGGACACAUUCUAGUCAUGUAAAAACACGCUGAUUCUUGGACCGCCCACGGGCCAGAUUUAGAAGGCGAUUGGGCCGGAUCCAGCACCCGGGCCUUAGUUUGCCUAUCCAUGGUAUAACACCAUUGUCAUCCUUAACUACUUUUUAUUAGUAGCAGUAAAGCUUUUGUUUCUUUCUUUACUAAGUACAAAAAAAUUGAAUUUAGCUAGUAAGUCGUGUAAACACAAGUAAGGCUUGGAACAGACUCGUUGCGUGGACAUUACAGAUGCGAUGCUGAGAAAGGGCUGUUACACUGAGUGUAGAGAAAGGAAGUAUCUGAGUUGAAUGCAAAGCUCCUCCUUCCUUCCUUCCUUCCUCUUACUACGUAAUCAGCCCAGUAUUUCUGUGUUGUGUGUUAAAGAGUAUUUUAUAUAAACCGAAAUCGUUUGCAUUUUUGUGUACUUGAGAAAAUUGAACUCUGCAUGACACUUAGUGGAAUUUUGCUUUUGUUCUCUUCUUCCUGUAAGUUGCAUGUCUUUUUUCUUUUCUUUCUCUUUUUUAUCUCCCCCCCCCCCCCCGUAAACCGAUCUUCUCAUUCUGUGUAGGAUCUUUGGCUAAGGUUGUGCCCUGCAUAGCCAACUAUUGCCUCUGCCUCCUUGGCCCAACAGCAAGCCUACUUUGAGUCUUUCCUAAGUCCAUCUCAUUCCUUAGUAUGGUGACACUGUUCCCCAGGGCCAUUUAUUCCUGCUUCAGCAUUCUCUUUUCCUCCUGUCAACACUGACUCAUUACUUAGGGAAUCUUGUAUGUUAUAUGCAUUUUCAGAGGUUGUUUAACCUCAGCCAUACUUAAGGUAGGGACCAUUCCUCAACCAUACCCAGUUGAGGACAUGCUCUGUUCCCUGGUUCAGUCUUUGGUAUCUGCAGCUUUUUAUAAAAGGGAGGAUGGGGGAAUUAGGCAACAGGUUCUGGGAAAUACCUCUGCCAUUCCUCCUCAGAGUACAGAAUAAUGGGCUUGGUAAAGGGAACCUUUGACCCUCCUUUGUCGCCAUUGACCAUGUUGGCUGAUGGGACUUGUUGUUCCAACAACAUCAGGAAGACCACAGAUUCUCCAUCUCUGCACUAGAUGGGCAAAUAGUCUGAACAGAAAUAAAGCCUUUUUCUAUGUUCCACCUUUUAUUCUGCCCUUUUCUAUAUUUAUAACAGAAAUGUUACAAGGAACUUUCUUGAGGGUAAGAGCUGAGGAACAGAAUACAGUGGUACCUUAGGUUACAGACGCUUCAGUACAGACUCCGCUAACCCAGAAAUAGUACCUCGGGUUAAGAACUUUGCUUCAGGAUGAGAACAGAAAUCAUGGUACAGCGGUGUGGCGGCAGUGGGAGGCCCCAUUAGCUAAAGUGGUACCGCAGGUUAAGAACAGUUUCAGGUUAAGAACGGACCUCCGGAAUGAAUUAAGUUUUUAACCUCAGGUACCACUGUACAUUGGAAUACCUUCUUUGGAAGUUUUAGGCAGAGGCUAGAUGGCCAUCUGUCAGGGAUUCUUUAGCUGUCAUUCCUGCAUUGCAGGGGGUUGGACUAGAUGACCCUUGGGAUCCCUUCCAAUUUUGCCAUUCUAGGAUGCUGUUGCUGCCAGCUCCUUCCUAGAGCAAAGGUUUGAGAUGCAUUUGUAUGUGUGUGUGCUUCCUGUUAACACAGAGCACAAGGAAUGUCACCCAAAGCAAGACAUUUUCCUAGUAAAAUUUCUCAGAGGGUUCUGCAGCUCCUUUUAUUAACAUCCAUUCCUUGCUUGCAUCCUCGCUGUCUGAACACCAGUUUAUAGCUUUUGUAAUAUGCAAGUCCAACUGUCAGAUGAUAAGCUCAUCCCUCAUUGAGUCUUCUCUCAGUAAUAUGGCAUUUGACACAUGCUUUUGUGUCAUACCUGGUCUCCUCUGUGCCACCUGGAUUGCUGGAUUGGUGCCCUCCUUGCCUGGAUUGGUGCCUUCCCUGCCUCCUGUGCAGUUCUGGAAUGCAGCUGAAUGCUCGGCACUUAAACCUUUUAAGUGCUAAUUGCUUAGUAAUGAAAUAUUUAAUUGCCAAGCAAUUAACUUUUACAGGAAAGUGGCUGGUAGAAACUGUCUGUUCUGAUGGAGGUGUUUAAUAACUUGAGGUUCUCAUAACCUGGCCUUACCUGGCCAAAAACAUGUGUGUGCUUGAAUAAGAGACACGAUGGGCAAAACGUCAGUUUUGGAGCAUAGUAUAGUAGGGAUUCAUUUUAAAAUGGCAUUUUCCAGUUGUGAUUUUAGUAAAUUUUAGGCCACUGUGUCAUUCAAUCACUGUCGUUGGGUGGCAAACCCAUACUACUGAAUCAGCUCGAGAGUGCUAAACUUUUGCUUGUGACUUUCAUAUGUAUAAAACCUGUGGUCUACUGCUGUGCAUGCACAGGAGUCUGGAGACAAUUUCAAGAUGCCUUCUCCACGCCAAAGUUUUUGGAGCUGGAGGAGAAGAGCAAGGGGUUGAUUUGGUGCUGGCUGGCAGAAGUCUUCCAAGUCAUCUACAACCUUUCUCUCUAGCUUGCAGGUAGAGAAACGGGCAAGGAUACUUCCACUCCCUACACCAGUGUUUCUCAAAUGUGGGUUCCCUACAUUAAGCCGACAAAGAUCACAACUAUGGAAACCAUCACCUGUCUGUCCCCACCUCCAAGGUAGAAGCUGAGACUCUUCUUGUGCUCGCCAGAAAGUGAGGAAAGACUUUCCAUGAGGAGUAGAAGCAGGACCUCUUGAUAAUGUCUAUUUCACUUAUUUUUUAAUAGAAAUGUUAAACAUAAAACCAUGCAAUAAAACUUUUAAGAUCGGAAAUCAGCUGACUAUUGUGGAAAGAUGUUUUCUCAGUUGCCUGCAUAAGCCUGGCAGAAUAGAGAGAAUAAUGUUGCACUGCAGUCAUGCUAGUUGUAUUUCUAGCGCGGGAACAGCCGACAUGAUUCCCUUCGUAAGUUGUCCCCAGUGGUUCACCAUAGUACACCUGCUCAUGGGGGAUUUGCUGGUGCUUUUGAGAGAUGGGUCUUGCUUGGGUCAUGUAUUUCUUUGGUAGGAUGACGUCCCUCCUGCCUAGUCUUUCAAUGGCAAGCCUUGACUGCAAGGGUAAGAAUGCAGAGUUUGAAAAUGUGAUUGGGAUGUAGAAAAUCAUCUCCAGAGCAGUAUAAUCAGAAAGCUGGGGUUCCUUCAGAGUUCUGUAAUUCUGCAUGCACUUGGGUGACUUAAAAGCUUCUGGUUCCAGUUAGUUUUAAGCAAGUGAACUGUGGACAGGAUUGUAGCCUUGACGUUCACAAUACCUACAGGUACACUCUUCAGAGUAUUCUAUAAAUAGCACCACACUACUUUUGAUUCAUUCCAAAAUGCAGAAUCUGUUGUGUUUGUUACGUUUUUCAGAUUGCAGCUGGCAAUAUGACAUUUCAGGUAGUUAGAUGGAAGGAGUGGAAUCCAAAGAGAAGCAAAGCAAAAACUCACUCAUUUCUCAGAGCUGUUCGUAAUAUUUUACCUAGGAUUAUUGUUGGCAUCCGUCUGUCUUGGGAGACAGUAGAAGAGUGUGCCUUCGGGAGUAAAGUCAAACAGUUGGAGAGUUACAGCACCUGUUGUGGCUGUAGAGACCGAUAAAGGAGAGACAUGUUUUAUUGCAGCUGGGGCAGAUGAAGGCAUCUAGUUGUGAUUCCUCCCAGCGGUCAUUCUUCCUCUGGUCACUGCUACAGAUACACGACCUGACUGUCUUUCAUGAGGCAAUGAGAUAAUCUGCAAGUGAUUCCCAUUUGGUGGGGUUAAUAUAUAACCUAUAAUUUGAAUGAUUAGCAUUUAAGUAGGACUUCUAAAAUGUUCAGCACUCUUCACCUUUGUUUCCUGCAAUCCUUAACAACAGCCUUGCAAGGUAUUAUCACUGUGCUGAUUUAUUCAUUUUAAAAAUCUCUUAAUCUAGGAAGGACAAGUUUCAGUAAUCAUUUCAAUAUAUUUGUAUGUGAAUGAAUGCAAAAGUAUGAAGAAAAAGUUGUUCUUUCUUCGUUCCUAGCUAUUGUGGUACAUGUAUGAAUUGGAGGCCUUUCUACCUCGGUGUGUGAGAAAAGGACAAAAUCUUCUCCAGGCCCCUUUAAAAAGCUGCUGUUUGAGAGAAAAAGUUGCAUAUCCAGUUAAUUGGGGAUAUUAUUUUAGUUUAUUGGUCUUGCCAGUAAGUUAUGUAAUGUUGGAAUCCUAUUCCUGAGAAUAAGCCCCACUGAACACAAUAGGAUUGGCUUCCAGUAACCACGCUUAAAAUCAGGCCUAUUACAGUGGUACCUCUGCUUACGAACUUAAUUCGUUCUGGAGGCCCGUUCUUAACCUGAAACCGUUCUUAACCUGGCGCGCUUUCGCUAAUGGGGCCGCCAGUGCGCAACUUCCGUUUACAUACCAGGGCAAAGUUCGCUACCAGGAGCAUCUACUUCCGGGUUAGGAGCUCGUUACCAGAAGCGUUUGUAAGGAGGACGGUAGAUAACCCGAGGUCCACUGUACAGGGUUUCAUCCAAAGUCGUUUCAUUUCCUCUCCUUCCCCUGCAGCCCCCCACAUCAGCGUCAAUGGGCACACAGGAUGGGAGCUGGAAAGGAGAGGAAAGUUCGUUUCUUCUAGUGCAAGUCUCUUGUGCUAGUAAAACGUUGGAGACGGCCCACCACGAAUACAAACAUGUCACAAAUGUCAUAUUUCGAGGUGGACACAAUUGUAGACACUAUAAUAACAUGUGAGAAUCUUCCUUUUUCAUUAAGUGCUAUGUCUCACAGUGACCAUAUAUUUUGGUCUUGGAUAUGAUUAAGCUUCUGUAGAAUUACAAAUGGUUAAAAGGAACCACUGGGUCAUAUGGUUUAACGUCCUGCAAUUCAGCCUGUAUGUAAUGUGUGUACAGCAGUCUUCACAUUUUUCUCUUGAGAAGUCUCACAGUUCUCUGGAACACAGUGUGAAUACUGCUGGUUUAGCUAGUGGGGGAAAAGAGAUGGUCCGUCCCCCCGAACGCUGAUUGAAAUAAAAUCUCUGACUUCUAAACAAAAGGGCAAGAAUUCUGUGGAGUACUUUUUACCUACGAUGCGGGGAGUGAUCAUUCAAAAUAGCUGGAUUAAAAACAAAACUGAGAAUGAAUUUCUGGAUGGAGUAGAAUCUGUCACUUAAUACAAGAAAUGGGAAGACUAAAUACAUGUGUUAAUAUUUAUAACUGUAAGACUCUUUGUCGCUUGAGUUUGGUUUUAGAUGUAAGCUGUCAAUAUUUUGCUAUCCGCACAGUUAGGAGCAGUGCCAGCCUUUCUGUCAAAUGACACACGUGGCAUUUCAUCAAGUCUAGUCAUCUGUUUUUAGCAUGAAGAAUGCUACUCACAACUUGGAUGAAACAGAACCAUCAAGAGUGUCUUUGCACAAUUUUUAUAGUAGCAAGAUUUUCGUCCCCAAAGUAUACUAGACACCACUGUUGUUGCUCUUUGAAUGAAUUGCUUAAUUCUGCUAUGAAGCUGAAUGUAAAUUUCACAUCACUUGCUGUUUUUAUCCCAAGUAGCAUGGAAAUUGGUUUUCAUUGCAUGUAUAUUUGAAUGCAUGCAUGUUCAAGUUUCAAAGGCAAGCAGUUACCUUGAUUUUUCUCCCUUACAUUUCCUAGGAUUACCGCAUUUUUCGCCCUAUAGGACGCACUUUUUCCCCUCCAAAAAUGAAGGGGAAAUGUGUCCUAUGGGGCGAAUGCAGGCUUUCACUGAAGCCUGGAGAGCGAGAGGGGUCAGCGCGCACCAACCCCUCUCGCUCUCCAGGCUUCAGGAAGCUAUUGGCAAGCCUUGGGAGCCCGCGGGAGUUCCUGCCGGUCUCCCAAGGCUUGCGGAGAGCUGCCUGCAUUCCGAAGCCUGGGGCGCGCUGAGAAGCGCGCUCCGGACUUUGGGCAGCUCUCCGCAAGCUGUGGGAGCCUCGCGCGAAGCUGUGCUGGUCUCCCAAGGCUUGCGGAGAGCUGCCUGCAUCCCGAAGCCCGGGGCGCGCUGAGUAGUGCACCCUGGGCUUCAGGCAGAUAUCCGCAAGUCUGGGGAGACCGGCGCGACUUUCCGCCGGGCUCCCUAGGCUUGCGGAUAGCAGCCUGUUCUGGGGGCUGGGGUCUGGGGGCCCCAGCCCCGCGCCUCGGGGGGAAAAUAUAUUUUUUUUUCUUUAUUCCCCCCCAAAAAAACUAGGUGUGCCCUAUGGGGCAAAAAAUACGGUAUGUCCAUCAGGCUUUGUAACAAGCUUCAAUUUCUAAGUGUCUUUGGCAGUCAUACUACAUGGAAACUUACACAUGGCCUGCUCUUAAUCUAUAAUCCUUGAUAAUUUGGGGGAAGAUCCGAUAGAUUAUUCUGCUCUUACCAUAAAUGCUUCAUGUAUAGGUUUAGCCUGAAGCAUUCCAGUAUCAUCAAGGAAUAGGAACAGUUGCUCAAGUAGUGAAGGACUCCUGCCAAUCCAGAGUUCUGAUGAGUAACUAUCAUAUUUGCAAUAAAGUGUAUCAUACUGUGUUCACAGUGUGCAUCCAUAGCUUUUCUUUUCUGAUUUGCUUUCAACACAAAAUGAGUGGAGUUUGUAUUAAAUGAUCUCCUUCCCCACAGGUGUUCAAACGGGACCCUUUGGUAGUUCCCUCACCCCCAAAAGCUCAGGUGGGGGGUGUUCUGGGAGAGGGCCUUCUUCGUGGUAGCCCCAUUGUGGUACUACCUCCUCACAGAGAUGUGUCUGGCAUCUUCAUUGUACAGCUUUUGGCAAAUGCUGCAGACACACUUCUUUACCCCGGCUUUUGACACCAGGGGUGUCAGGACUUACCUUAUUUCUGUGAUUGUAAGUUGUUCUAAACUGUUUUUAAUGUUUUGUUUUAAUUGUAGCCUGCCCUGGGACCUUAGAGUGAAGAGCAGGUGAUAAAUUAUAAUAAUAACAACAAGUAGAUUGAUAGUUUUACUCAUUUUUCGCAGAAUCAUUUAUUGUGUUCAAGUGGCUAGAUUCAACAGGGAGUGCAUCACAAGGUGUCAUAGGAAGCAGUUGAGUUGCUUACAGGUAAAUAUUUGCCUUUUUAGAGGCUUUGGGUUUGUGUCAUUUUUAAGUUGUGAUGCUGCUUAUUAUUUUACAUAUUUUAUGAGAAUUAUUUUUAAUGUUCUUGCUUAUAUGUGUUUCAUAUUGCUUAUCUUGUUGUAAACAAUUACUGUGACCAGUUUUGGUGAAGGGCUGUGUAUCUUUUUUAAAAUUUUAUUUCAGUUUGUAUGCAUGCCCAAAGCGACUUGCAACACAACAAAAAUGCAAUUUAGUACAUCCUUACAAUCACACUUGAAUACUAGUUCCGUUGAGAACAUAAUGACAAUCCAAACAACUCACUUUGCUAAUAUAAAUGUUACGACAUUUUAAAUUAUUAUAAAACAAGCCAUUAAUCAUUAACACAUCAAUUUUUAUCAAGGACAUAUUACAUACUAUCAAUAAAACCAGCGGACACUGCCUGUUAGUACUAUAUCAAAUGAUUUAAAGGUAACAAAGUGUGGAAUUCUUUUUUUGAAGGCUAAAAAUUAAAGUGCACACAGUCCCUAUCAGUUUGGUCCUAUUUUAUGAAAUGCAUAGCAGUUAAUAAAUUUGCACUAGAAAAUGCCUAAAGAGUCUAAAAGUUAAAGUACUUCAUAGCAGCUCGAUCAUAUACCAUAAGUCUCUUAAUACUCCUCACAGGGAGCUGCCCUCCUGCCAGCACUAAAUGGCUUCAAUCACCUCCUCCAUUCUGUCCUCUCUAGGGCUGGGCAAUAUCUGGUUUUCAACUUCGCGAUAUAUCACCAGCUAAAUAGCACAAUAUAAUGGUAGAUCACAGUAUCUGAAAUAAGGGUGGAGCUAUAUAGAGGCAUUGGCUGGCUUCACGGUUUGCCCCACAUUGUGAUUUUUGCAUAGUGCACACAUUGUGAUUUGCAAUAUAUUGCCAGGUCAAAAACAAUGAAACCGAUAACAUGAUAUGGACUUCAAAACCAGUUUUGGAUGAUAGAUUGAUAUAUUGCCCAGCCCUAGUCCUCUCACUGCUGAUUCCUAUUGAAGGCAUCAGGUAUGCACCCUAGGUUUUUGUGGUUACAAGAAACCAACCUGCUUCUCCCAUGGGGAGACCCUACACAACACCCCUCCUAUCCCUGCCUCCCCUGCAGAGAGGGGAAUCUAUGCCAAUACAGUGGUACCUCAGGUUACAGACGCUUCAGGUUACAGACUCCGCUAACCCAGAAAUAGUACCUCGGGUUAAGAACUUUGCUUCAGGAUGAGAAGAGAAAUCGUGCAGCAGCAGCGGGAGGCCCCAUUAGCUAAAGUGGUACCUCAGGUUAAGAACGGACCUCCAGAACGGAUUAAGUUCUUAACCCGAGGUACCACUGUACAGUAAGGACAGUGCCCCUGCCCCUCACUCCUCCCCCAAGGGAUGACCCCGCUGUCCCUUCAGGGGACACCUUCCUCCAACCUGGCAUUCUCAGGGAAGUAUCUCAGGUGUUGCUGGUCAGGAAACCCCAAGGGUUAGUGUUACUUCCCUGAGCUGCCAAAAUGUUCUCACUGCCCUUAAAGCCCUGCCAGUCCUCAGCAGUGCAGAUGUUUCAGAAACAGGGAACGAACCAUAAUAAAAACCACCCGCCACCCCAGCUGAGAAGUUUCAGCCCCCGCUGGCAACUGUCAAGAGUUGCUGCUGCUAUAAAUCAUUGAGAUUUUGGUGUUUACGCUCUUGUGAUCUAUACCACACAACUCUGAAGGUCAGGAAGAACAUUAGUACUUGUUGUCCUUCCUUGCGGGAAGAAUGUGCCUGAAGGAUCUCUCGCCCCCUCCACAGCUUAUGCUAAGAAGGAGCAAGGAAUAGUUGGGCCUUGCAAAGAUCUGUGGGUACUUCAGCCAUUUACAUAGAUUAACACUGGGGGAUAAUCUAUAAAAGCUUCAUUUAUAGGGCUAGUCAGCUAUGGAUUUUGUUCGUGGUGUGUUAAUAUACUUGGACUUAAAACAAAAGGGAUAAGUCAAAGUGCAUUAACAAACCACAAACAAAAUCCAUAGCUGGCUAGGUCUAUAAAUAAACUGUCGCAGUGACUGCACAGCUUUUGCUAAACUGUUGCUCCUUUUCACUUUGGGGUGCUUGGGUGAUCAGCUCGGCAGUUGCUCUGUUUGCAAAUAUCUCAGCUCUCAAAUGGCUCCGUUUUCGAAUGUUUCAGCUCCCGAACACUGAAAACCCGGAAGUAAAUGCUCCAGUUUCCAACGCAGCUUCCGCUUGAGUGCAGAAAGCUCUUGCAACCAGUCGGAAGCCGCGCCUCAGUUGUCGAACGUUUUGGAAGCCGAUUGGGCUUCUGGAAUGGAUUCUGUUCGACAACCGAGCUUUGACUGUACUUUUGCUGCCCCAACAACGGUGUAUUUGAAGUGGGACUGAGUAACAGAGCCACGAUGCUUCUUGGUCAUAGCCAAAGAUCUGUGGGGUGGCAACGUUUGCCACUGGCAAAAAUCUAUAUUCAGUUCCUGGAAUAUAAGCUCACUGUGCCUCUGCUGAAUAAAGGACUUGGAUGUUGCAACAACUUUGAGGCCUGAGGGAAAUAGAGGUACAGAUGGCAUGUGCAGGUGGGAGAGCAACUGCGGAUAUAUGAGAGAGAGAGGACUCAGCAAGUCAUGGAUAUACCUGUCUAGAAGUACGUGCAGCCCUGCUGCUUUGUCUUGAGCUUCUCCAGGCUGUUCUUCGCACAGUGAACUUAACAUUGCACAGCUGACAAACUCAGUUGCUUGUGUUGUAGUUUUCCAUACACUGACUGGAGAUGCCCCUUUGGGCUUCCUCUUUUCACACUCUUGCUUCAAAGCAUGCAUCUUAGAGGCAGUCUGUGUGUACAUGUGUCUGUGUGUGCUUUAAAAGCGGUUAUUAAAAACUAAAGGGUGUAAUUCAGUAUUCAUAGAAUCAGACCUGGAAGGAUCAUCUAGCCCAAAUCCCUGCAGUGCGGGAAUGUUUCGCCCAACAUGGGGCUUGAACUCACGAUCUUGAGAUUGAGUCUCCUGCUCUACCAAUUGAGCUAUCCUGUUGCGCUAACACUACUGUUCCACCAGCACAGGCAUUGCUGCUUGCCCCAUGGAGCGAUCUCCCCUCUCCUCCCCCUCUGCACUGUUCUAGGGUUCCUCCCAACCACCCUGAGUGGAUUUGGGGAAGGUGCGGGGAGAGAAGACAGAGGAACGCCUGGUUAGAGUAGCAGGAGUCCUUCCUCUGGCUUCCACUAGCGCACUGGGUUAGUUCAAUCCAGCCCUAUGUGUUGCCUUUUCACAUCCAUUUCAAGUGGAGUUCAACAACAGUGGGUGUGUUCACACGUGAUGAUAAUCCAGCUCCUGCUUUGCUUCUCUGCUGGCGAAUGCAGGAUAAACGAAGCCUUGGCUUCCUGUUAGGUCUAAACCCAGGGAUUGCGGGCUUUUUCCUUAACAAGCCACAGUUUCUACCCAGACUUUAGCUCAAAUUGGACAUGGAACAUAAAAAUGCAGAUUAUUCGCCACCCACUUCUGGUUCAUGCUCCUCGUCCUCUACAUUUGCUACUUUGCAAAUCCUCUCUUUGCAUUUUCAUCCUUCCUUUUUGAACUCUAUUUUCCCGCUCCUGAAUGCAUGUACUCUCAUGUGUCUGUUACAGAAGUGAGCAACUUAUUCAGCACCAGAUUAGAAAUCUGCAUAUUUUAGAUGCCUUUGAGCAUGAUUUACAUAUUUUCAUGAAUGUGACAGAUGUUGAAGUAUAGUUGGUAGACAUAUGGCAUUUAACCUAAAAUAUUAUUCUGAAAUUGUUAUCCACGACUGUGAACAACAUUGAAUCAGCUGUUAUGUCUUCCCUCUUCAGGCAUUUCAGAAUGCUUCUGCGAAGGAAAUUCUCUUCCCACCUCUGCCAUCAGGUCAUGCCAGAUUAGUUCCUUUUUCACUUUUCAUAUCAAUCUCAAACCAGGAGGUUUAUAAUUGACAAUAUAGGAACAGAAUCUAUCAUUCAUAUAGCAUUUUUUAAGCACACUAACAAACUGUGAAAUCACCACGUGGUUCUAAAAUUUGAAACAGUCUGUAGCUUUCUUGAAACUGAAAGAGAAUCAAAAUCGUACAUUGAACAUUUGAAUAAAUUUAACUUUUGCCACAUCAAAGGUUGGAAAUAUGCAGCAGAUCCUAUGCACCUGCUACAUAAUUGGGAAUAUUUAUAUUUUUUAUUUCCCUUUUUUUAUUGGGGGGGGAUUAUAUACUGCUGGCUGGCAUGUACUGUGGGUGCUGAAAGGAUUGGCUUGAUUGCCUCUGUGAUCUUCAUUUGAGGCCCUUUUUUCUGUAGUUCCCCUGUGAGAGGUCUGGAGGGUGGAAACACAAGAAUGGGCCUUUUUUCCGGUGGCUCCCUGUUUGAGGAAUGCUCUCCCCAGGAAAGCUCACCUGGUGCUUUCAUUACAUAUCUUUAGGUGCCCAGCAAAAAUGUUCCUCUUCAACCAGGCCUUGGGCUGAUAAGUAUUCUACAGCCUUUGGGAUGUGUUUGGAGGGGUUUUGCUUUAUUUUUGUUUUAACUAUUUGUUUUGUGCUUUUAGCCUGUAUUUUUAUCUUGUGAGCUGCCAUGAGCUCUUCGGAUGAAGGGCGGUAUAUAAAUUUAACAAAUAAACAAGUAAAUACAAUGCUGUGCCCAGAGGCUUUGCAAGUCUUUGGGUCACCUUCAUAAGCAACCCCUUUUUAUGCUGGGUCAGACUAUUUUGUCCGUCUAGCCCUGGACAGUCUCCAUUGAUGAGCAGAGGUCCUUCCCUCCACCUGCAGCCUGAUUCUUUUAAUUGGCAGCUCCAGGGAUUGAAUUGUGGACACUGCGUGCAAAUCCAUGUGCAUCAAUAGCUCAGUUGGUUAGAGCAUUGCAGGGGGUUGGACUAGAUGAUUCUUAGGGUCCCUUCCAACUUUUACCACUAAGGCAGAGGUUUUCAACCUUUUUGAGUCCACGGCUCCCUUGACCAACUACAUUCUUUCUGUGCCACCCCUGUGGGGCUCAGGAGCCCAGUUAUGUCACCCCUUGCCUGUAGAGCUGGCAGCCCCUCACCCCUUUUUGAGCCCCCUCCCUUGUGGAGGGUUCCUUCAGCCUCCUCUCCUCUCCCCUCCUCUCUCCUUGGAAGUCCUCCAGGCAGCUGCCGCCGCCGCCCUUGGUCUCUGAGCUGCCCCAAAGAGAGGUGCCCCUCACACUGCCCCACAGGGGCCUGGGACUUGUCUAUGCAUACCCAACAGCAAGGGCUGGUAGACCGGCUGGCUGGACUUCCUUGCCUGUUUGCUUGCUUACUCUGAGGCCACUUCAGCUCCUGACAACCAGCUUCCCCUGGCCAGCCACAGAGACACCAUUCGCCUGUGGAGCUUAUAGCCAGGGCAGCUGCAACAAACAGCCUUGCAAGCCUUUGUGAGGCAGAGAUGCAAGAGGGCAUCAGAGGAGGGAGGGAGGGAAGGAAAGAAAGAAAGAAAGACAGAGGCCAGUGUUGCCCAUGGCCCCCCUGACCUUCAUUCAGGGCACCCCAAGGUGCCACGACACACUGGUUGAAAACUGCUGCUCUAAGGUAUGAUUUCUCCCCAAAGGAACAAGUUUGGAUUUUCAUGGAUUUGGGCGAAGUUCGGUACUGUUCCUAGCUGUUCCUCUCUUGCUUCACUUCACCUUUAAUCUGACUAUUAUUAAAUCCUCAGGGUCACUUAUCUUCCCAUCGGAAUAAAGCUUGGUGAUUGUGUUAUAGCGUCAAUGAAAAUGUGCUGUUGUCCUUGUGGGUUUUGUGCUUCUGCCAAGCGAUUCAAGGCACUACUCACUUGGCCAGAAAUUAAGCCUAGCCAGCAGUGCAAAACCCCAAAGGAUUUAAAUGCUUGCAAUUAGAAGUGGGUUCUAAGGGAAGGUGCAAGCCUACCGCAGCAGACUCCUGUGUAAGCGGUGAGCCUGCAACUACUGCCUGCAUUCAUAUGUGCUUGCCUCAUGGCCUUAAAAUCAAACAUUGCAGCAAAGGCAAGCGCUGGGUUUGAUAACAGCUUAGCGUGUCCUAUAAUUUACUGUGGAGUGUGAUUGCUUGACAGUGAUAUAAUUGCUAGGAUGGGGUCUGCACCCGCAGAGAUUCAAGGGACCCAUAUGUUUGCAGCCACCGUAUUCAACAAGAAAUAAAAUUUAAAAAGCUGCUUACUCUGCAUACGCUUGCAUUUUUGGUCUGACUGAAAAGAUUACCAGCAGGUACGCCAAUGGUUAUGUGAUAGCUGGAAAGAUCAGCAGCUCUUUUUGGCACAGAUUUCUAGAGCUGUGCAGUGAAGAAACUGCCAAUUUCAGAAAUGGCCCUUAUUCAUAUCUGUACUUUACUUUGCAAGGGAGGCAAAGACGUUGCUUAUUCAAAGUUUUGUGCAAUUAGAAUGAGAAGCGUGUAGGGAAGGACUUCUGAGAGUUUGGACCUGUAACUUCUUUUUGCAUUUUCAGUUAGUUUUUUACAGGAUUUUUUAUGGACCAGGAGGAGGAGAGACUUCAGUUCCGCUGUAUAAAAUAUUCCAGGUGGUACCUCUGGGUUUUAUUCUUCGGUGCCCCAGCGACUAGGGUUCCCCGCCACGUUCCCAACCUGUCUUAAACCAUAUUCUAGGUCAGGGGGUGCAGAAGACAGAUAGAUUGAUUUAUUUGCAGUAAAUAGUAAGAUUUUCUAUCUCUGUUGUCAAGCAGCCUAAAAGCUUCCCCCUCCCAAAUUAGGCUGACCAGAAAGAGGGGUGGGAGGGAGCAAACGAACCAGGAGUGGAUUUGGGUGUGAAAACGGUCUUGUGAGAUUACUUCUCGUACUGAUCACAAACUCCUUGGCUGGGCAUUUCCUAAAUUCUUAGCGGAGCCACUAUUUUGCACCUGACUCUGAUUGGUGGGUGUCAGUGGAAAACAAGUAGAACCUGCAAACCUAGAGCUUGCCCACUCCUGCUCCAGGGCUUUGUGUCACUCCGACGAGGACUGCUCCACCCUGCUCCACUUUCGCCACUUACACACACCGGGCUUUGCCAGAUUCAGCUCAAGGUGGGAUACUGCGUGAAAGUCGAAUUUUGACAGGUGCCAGGAGAAGCUCCCCCUAAAGCCACGAAAGCCCUCGCCAAAUUUAACUUGACAGGUUUACUCAUGGUGCCUGUAUUUAUCUACACAGUUACGUCUAUACUAAUUAUACGCCAAUUGGUUUUAAACUUGCCUGUCAUGGUUUCCUCAAAGGACCCUGGGAAUUGGGAGUGAAUUGCCGGGGCCUCCUCUUCAUGCCAAGUGCAGCAUUUAUGUUUUAUUAUGAUAGUUUGAGUGUUUCGCCACCAGGACGCUGGCAGCUCUCCUUAGCCUCACUUGCCCAAAUCACAAUUGCUAGGAGAGAGGGGUUAGAUGGCCAGUGUGUUUACUUCUACACUGUUAAUGCACUUGAUUAAGUGCCAGGUCCGUGGUGUAACUAGAUGAUGAAUCUUGUCUCUGUACUUUUUGACCUGGGACACAUAAGUUUGCAAUACUGUUCAAGUUAGGUAAAGGGAAGUAGACGUAAUCUUUAUGGCCAUGCUAGCAUUAACUGGGAUCAAAACUCAAGAAUUGCUGUAUUAGAUCAGACCAGUAGCACAUUCAAACCAGCAUUCUCUCCCCUGCCCCUUAUUAGCAGCUGCUAUUUGUUCUAAUAGCCUAACAUAUCGCCACCUCCAGAGAUUUAAAAGCUAUUGAACAAUCCUGGUUUGGGUUUGAUUAGGGACUUUGAAGAUGCUGUCACAUAAAAUGGACUGCAAAUUUCAUACCUUAGUCCCAAAACAAUUAAUUGUCCUGGGACAUGUAAGCUAUGUUUUUCAAAGCUAUGGAACAAAUCGUAUCAAUAUGAUGAAGCCUCAGUUUUGAUGCAGUGUGUCCCACUAGGUUCCUGUGGAGGUAGUGCAGAAUUCAGUCUGCCACUUGAUGUAUUGGUGCUGUGCUGUCACCAUAAAGGUGUGGUUCUUGAAAGCUUUAAAUCAUAUGCAAAGCAUUCCAAAUUACGGUGGAUUGUAUCCAGUGCUUGGUGAGGGGAGUUCCCCCUUACUUUGCUCUAUUGUGUGCCCCGCCAUGUUCUGUGGAGUCUCACCCAACCCUCUGAAGCAGAUUUUGAGGAUGCAUAGAGAACUGGGGGCGGGGGGGGGGGGCGACAAGGAGUCAGUGAUGCAACUGCAUCCUAAUACGGAAUUGCAGGGAUUUCAAAAUAAAAGAAAUUCAGCCGGGGAAAUGAGUUUGGAAGCAUUCCCGCCCCCCCCCCCCCAAGACAAACAACAGUUAAAAAUUUUCUAAACCAAAAUAUGCUACAGAUACUCUUUGCUUGUUUAAACCAAUAAAUCAUAGUUGACCUCACAACAUACUUUGUGAACUUGGCUUGUUUCAGCUGGCGAUAGUUAAAAUUAACCAUGGUUUAGGGUUCAAAUACAGCACUAAACUGUUGUUAAUUGAAACUGGAAGCACAAGUUUCCAAUCUUCAUGGGGUCAUGUCAAAAGAGGGAAGGGGGAGACACAAACUCAAGAUUUGAGCAUGUAAAAAACCAUUGUGUCCAGAUUUGGCCGAUAUGUGCAGAGUAGGAGAAAAUAAAUUUCAUGUUUAUUUGCUAAAAUGCAGCCUAGAGUUUGGUAUUUGUAGAGUUUGGCACAUGGUAAAUAAGAAAUGUGUGUAGGCUUGUCAAGUUGCAAUGUUUUGUUUUUUGCCCAUUUUAAUGGACUUUCAUGGUUUAAGAACUGUCUUUCACAUUCUGUCAUGGGUUCACAGUUUAUGGAAUUCUUGGUGCAAGUCACUUUAAAUGUUCUCCCUCUGUUGAGAAAAUGUAUUGAAUGAUCUGCGCCAAGAUUGAGAUAGCGGAAUUGUCCUUCAGCGGAACAGCAACAGGGCUUCAAAAUGAGCCACAUACUUUUAACAGAAGGAGUUGUCUUUGCCCAGCAUUUCUAAAACUUGUUCACCCUUGAGGUCAUAUUCAAGCAAAAAAAGGGUACAACAGCAGCCUAAUCUUUCCAAGCCUAAAUGUAGGACGCAACCUUGUCACUGGCCUAAUAUUAGAGGUUAUUCUAAGUAAAGGAGGGGGUGGAGAGGAAUAGAUUUGUUUCACUUGCCAUUGACUUCCUCCAGGCAGUCUAAAUAUUGUACAGUGGUACCUCGGUUUACGAACUUAAUCUGUUUCGGAAGUCCGUUCUUAAACCAAAGCUGUUCUUCAACCGAGACACGCUUUCCCUAAUGAGGCCUCCUGCCACCGGUGCCCUUCCACCGUUCAGAUUCCGUCCUUAGACCGAGGUAAAGUUCUCAAACUGGGACACUAUUUCCAGUUUUGCAGAGUUUGUAAACCGAAUCGUUCUUAAACCGGACUGUUCCUAAACCAAGGUACCACUGUACAGUGGUACCUCGGGUUACAUACGCUUCAGGUUACAUACGCUUCAGGUUACAGACUCCACUAACCCAGAAAUAUUACCUCGGGUUAAGAACUUUGCUUCAGGAUGAGAACAGAAAUCGUGCUCCAGUGGCGCGGCAGCAGCGGGAGGCCCCAUUAGCUAAAGUGGUACUUCAUGGUUAAGAACAGUUUCAGGUUAAGAACGGACCUCUGGAACAAAUUACCGUAUUUUUUGCUCUAUAAGACUCACUUUUUCUCUACUAAAAAGUAAGGGGAAAUGUGUGUGUGUCUUAUGGAGCGAAUGCAGGCUGCGCAGUUAUCCCAGAAGCCAGAACAGCAAGAGGGGUUGCUGCUUUCACUGCGCAGCGAUCCCUCUUGCUGUUCUGGCUUCUGAGAUUCAGAAUAUAUAUUUUUCUUGUUUUCCUCCUCCAAAAACUAGGUGCGUCUUGUGGUCUGGUGCAUCUUAUAGAGCGAAAAAUACGGUAAGUACUUAACCUGAGGUACCACUGUACUGAUACUUUUCAGCCACAGUUUGGGUUGUUUCCUCCCAUAUGGAAGAGCCCCCCCCCCCCCCCACCGGAUCAAGAAGCUGUAAGAUAAUAGAAACAGAAAGGCAAUAUCCCUGUAGUCGUUGGACUUUAUUCAUUCAUUGGAAGGAGAAACAACAGUUUUGGCUUUGUUGUACCUGCACUGCCUCUUUUGAAGAUAUAGAGGCUUCCAUUCUACCUUUCAGCAGAUAAAAUGUGCAGAGGUUUCAAUGGGUGACCAAGGACAAGCUACACAUUUGAUGCUGUCUCAGGGUGGACCCUGUGCUUUUAACCGAAAGCAACCUUUAAUGAAGGCUGUGGGAGAGGGGGGUGGAGUUAUGAUUACCUGCACCUUUUCCAAUUAAGGGCAAAAAAGCACUGGUCUCUUUGAGAGACUUUCCCUCCUGUAUUUAAAGGGAAGAGCAGGCUUUUCUGGGUGUCCUCUUCCUAUCAGAUGUGAUGCAUGCGUUUGAUUGCGACUGAUGUACAAAAUGUGUGGCAGGCUGCAGGCCUCAAGUGGAAGCUCCUUGAACAAGUGGGGAGCGGCUGCAGAGCCGUUCUUCACCUGUGGAAUGCCGGUUUCUGUUCCUCAGAGCCCUGUUGCUUGUCUCUUUCAAAAUAGGAAGUUUCCAUGUGACACGCUGCAUUAUUCUGGAUGUUUUCUCAAGUGGGUCACAAAACCCUGGAAGGCAAGAGAUAAAUCCACAAAUCAUGCAAAAGCUAACCCUGAAGCGCAGAGCUGCAAAGAUGCCUCAUCUAACCUAUCUGAUAAACCUUUCGUAGUCUAGCCAUCCAAGAUGCUGUCUUGUGGGUGGCCGUUUCCUACUUCCAAGUAGGCCCACAAAGUUUCACUAUCCUGCCCGCCCCCCACAACACACCUGCAUUCUUGAUAUGUGCCUAAAGAUGGUAGAGGGCGAACCACCUUUUUUAAAGUGUACAUGCUUCUUUCGUAGAAUCAUAGAAUUGUAGAGCUGGAACAUACAGGGAUCAAACCUGCAACCUUGGUGUUAUCAGAGCAACACUCUAACCCACUGGGCUAUCCAGGCUCCAGGCUCUUGCCGCAUGCAACCAAGUGAGGUGGCUAUUAACAAGCACACCUUUAUUCUUCCUGCAUGCCUCCGUUUACUAUGACUGCCUGGAAGCAACAUAUUCCCACCCUCCUUCUCGCAGUCUCUGCAGCCCAUUUCUGACACAGCACGCAGUUCACUUUCACUCAGGCCCAUCGCAUUUCCCACAGGGUUUCCGUGGCCCAGGCCACCACCACUCUGUUCCCUUCUGGUGCUUUUUGUGCAGAUAGAAGCUCAAAUAGAUUAUGAGCCGGUUUUUAGAGCUUUUUAACAGCAUUUAUUAAACAUGAAUUAAAACGACACACUCCAGGAUCCCAAUUCCCAUACGACAACUUAAAUUUUUAAAGCAGAUUGCCACAAAAUAGCUGCUUCUGCUGAAGAGCCGUGUUCGAUUAUUAACACAGAAUGGCAUGAAAGGGGGAAAUGAGGGUGUUCAGUACUUUUUUCACAUAUUGUGUUGUGUUUACACAAAAACACGCAGGGCUGCCGUUUUAGCUCACGUUGCCCUCCAACCCUCCUCAGUGCACACCCCACCCUGUUGGCAGCCUCCUGCCCUUUACACCUCACCAGGGCUCUGCCACUCUCUCAUGGCAACCCCCUACACCAGGCAUCCCUAAACUCGGCCCUCCAGCUGUUUUGGGACUACAACUCCCAUCAUCCCUAGCUAACAGGACCAAUGGUCAGGGAUGAUGGGAAUUGUAGUCCCAAAACAGCCGGAGGGCCGAGUUUGGGGAUGCCUGCCCUAUACCUUUCCCUUCCCACCCCACACAGCUAUCAAGCCCCCUUUUAACCUUCCCAGCCUCACUUCUGGGGUUGCUUCUCUCUCUUAUUCUACAUCCCUGCUUUGUAUCCUUGCAUCACCUUCACAGCUGCUCCCCAGUCAUUUUCUCUAACCUCCCCACCUUGCAUACAGAUCACCCCCCAUGUUAACCUCCUGGAUCUCUCCACCCCCCCCACACUCAUUGUAACUGCUGGCUCUCCUCUUCCGCAGCCUGCUUAAUACUAGGGGUUUGAACUUCCCCCCCUAUUCCCAUGUCCCUCCCUCUCUCCUCUUUUCCCAACACCUUGCAAGGCUCCCUGUGUGCAAAGUGGGCUCCUUUGAACAUGUGCAGAGUUCCUUUCCUCCCCCUCACUGUGUUUUUAUUACACCAUCCCGUGGCUGAACUCCUUAGUAUACUCUGUGUGUGUGUGUGUGUGUGUGUGUGUGUGUACACAUACACACUUAUCUAUAUCUAUAUCUAUCUCUGCUCCUCCCUUCCAGACAAAUGCAUACUUGCGCCCAUCCUUUUCUAUCUCUCAUAGAAAGAGACAACCAAUUCUUCCAUUCCGCCCCCCCCCACAAAGUGGGUUUUCCCACUUCUGUGGGAGAACUGCAAGUGAAAUAUUCUCGUUGGAAACAGAGGUAGAUGUGGUUUUAAUGAAGUAACUACAUCAUAAAUAGCGUUCACCCAGCUGACGUGAUUGAGGUAGCCCACAUCUGAGAGAAGAAAGGGAGGCUUAGUAGUAAAGCGUUGGGCCUUUAGCCUUGCGUAUAAUUAUCAAGCUCCUCAGUUUGAAAUAAAACUCCAUCUUAAUGUAUCUAGGUUCUUAAUUUGACCGAAAAGCUCUCCCUCGCUGAAAGGGUCCGCAUUUUUUUCCUACAGGGCAAAUGCUUCUAAAACAUAUCGCUGCCAUCUCUUGGUGUAUUGUGCGAUAUUCUCAACCCGUGAUAUUAAGACAUUUUCCUCUUUGUUCUCAGGGGUGGACAUUGAUCCUAUGACGCAUGCCCGGAAGAAACAGCUCUUACUUCUGAAACACUCAGCUGGUUCUGCUGGCCAAGCUUUGUCACCGAUUGACGGUGAGAGAAUGGAUAGGACUGAGGCGGAGGAUUGCGAGCGAGGCAAUGGCGCUGAGGGGCAAACCUGCCAGAGUCGAUUUGCAGGCGUGAAUAAAAGCAGGAAUUUGCAGGAACUCAGAAAGACGUAUCCAUUGAGAAAACGCCUCAGCUCAUCCGUGGAUAAAAAAACAUGCUCCGUGCUCCUCACUAGAUUGGAGGAUGUUGCCGGAUCCCUGUCGGAGGAGACUCAGAGUGGGAUGAAGAGAGGUCUCGCCCAUUGUAUGGAUGACUUCAGACCCGCCUGCCUUCCGGAUCGCGUUCAGGUCGUGAGAGCAGCGAAGCAAGAGCCAUCUGCAGGGAGAUGCACAAUAUCGUGUUCUGGGACCGGGCAGCAGGGAAGCAAUACUUGUCUUGCAGAACCCAGGAAGCGCAGGCUAGCCUCGCUGAACGCAGAGGCAGUCAACAACCUGCUUUUCGAACGGGACGAUGGCUUAAUAACCGGCCGGCGUUUCCGGAAAGAUCCCCCCAAAGUCGGCGGAGUUUGUUGCACUAAGAAUAUAUGCUGCAGUACUCAGGGCGCUUGGCCCUCAGUGGAAAAGCAAAGCUCCAAGGCAGCAAAGGGAAAGAACCAAAACCGACCGAGUCCGAAGUGUGCUCCUCAGCCGCUGGAUGGUGUCGUUGACGGGAAAGGGCGGGAGGAUGGCGGGAUUUCCUACCACCCUGCUCCAAAGAGAUUGGCCAGUCUCAACGCCGCGGCGUUUCUGAAACUGACCCAUGAGAAAGACCAGCCGCUGAAGCCCAGGAGUAAAUCCACUGGUGAAAAAGAGAGCAAGCCUGAAAACCACGGUUCCAAAUCCAAGCUCAAAUGGGCCAAAGCCAGUGGGAAAAACUGCGUUAAAUCCAAAAAGGAAACGUCCACUGUAAAAAUAGAAGGUCAUCAUAGCUGGCAAGGAGUCGCUGAGGGCGUAUUUACAAAACCAGCCCAUCAUGAUCCUCCUAGAAUUUUGGGGGAAACGGAGUCUGUCAGUUACGAGCCGCUACCUAACUCUUGCGAAGGCCCGGAGGGUUUCUAUCACAGACUGCCUUUGCUCAUGGGUGGGCAAGCCUCUAUGAAACCUGAAUAUGGAAGACCCGGAGAGAAAUCUCCGACUCCCAAGCAGGAAUUUCAUCAGCCUUCCUUCCCAGUACCUCAGUUCCACCCUUUGCCCGUGCCAGGAAACCAUACGGAUUGUGGCUGCCUCUACGAAUCGUCGGACUUGACUCCAUUGAAUGGGUUUUAUGUUUAUUAUGGCCAAAGCGGAUACAAUGAUUACACUCACUGCUCUGUUUACCCGAAGGAUGAGCUGUCCCAGGCGACGGGUUGCGAGGGGCUUUUGGUAUCUCCGGGUUCUUUACCGCCAGACCCCUCGUUCCAGCCAUUUCACUGGUGUAGCUCUCCCUACUGUUGUGGGGAAGGACCGGCAAUUAACAGUUACAGCCUUUGUGGAGUUAUGCACGUACCCGAGAGCAGAAUCAGUACUGUGCAUGCAGGGCGGAACUGCUACCCUUAUAAGAUGCCUUUUGCAGCAGGUAAGUCUGAAAUGGGAUUACCCCACGCCUUAAAAAAAGAAAAACUUGGCUGCUCAUACUUAAAAGUACUUGAGGCUUUACAAUGUGGGUUGCCGGCUUUUUACUGUAGCCUGUUGAGAAUGAAUUAGUUUUGCCUAGGUGAUCAGAUGCUGGGAUACUGUGCUGGCCUUGACAUUUACAUUCCUUGAAGCGACUGUCUCAUCUUACUUCCUAGCAUGACCUGUCUUGCAGCGAUAUGUUUUAAUGGUUGCCCAUAGCAGCCCAGUUUCUCCUACCAGAUGGCUUGAAUUGAAUUCUCUGUUUGCAAGUGGGGUACACAUACCGUGUGCCGUAUUUGCUGUGUGAGAUGAAAGGCUUGCAAACUUACAGGUUGUCCAAUGUGGGUAUUCAGCUUCAGGUUUUUUCCCUCAGAAAAAUUCCUUUGUGAAAAGAACCUGAGUAGAAAUGUAAAAUUUCCAGAAAUUUUGAAACCAUGGGGGGGGGGGAAUUUGGAGGGUUUUGUUUCGUUUUUUGGAGGGGGGAAUUGGGGGGGGGGAAUAAGCAGUGUUUGGGUUUUUAGUAUCCUUUACACUUUGAAAGUCAUUUGGGUACUUUAGGAACAUAAAAUAUAUCAUGUUCAACUUUGCCAUUACAUUAUCAUGUUUGGUAUAUUAGAAAUGCCAUUUAUUCAGUCUAUAAUUUUGUAUUGAAUUUCCUUUAAAAAAAACCCACAAAGUUAUGCUGCGCUAUAAGGAACAUGGCAUCUCUCAUUUUACCAGUUGGUGAGGAGUAGGCAACCCCUCCCCCCAAUAAAAACAGGAUAAACCAUCAACAUUAGAGUAAAGAAAGAAAAUUACUAUGGUUUGUAUUCAACUAAGUCCUACUCAAGAGCAUACCCAUUGAAAUGAAUGAGCCUAAGUCAGCCAUGCUUCUUUCAGUCCCCCACAUCACUCAUUUCCAUUGAAAGAAAUGUGAAGGCGGAUGGGGGGGAGGAACCAAGACUCAAUGAAUAUUACAUGAAAUUUAAUCAGUCUCAUUUUCUGAGCUAUUAUUAUCAGCUUCUGCUUUUUCAUAUUUGUCAUCAUAUCCAUCAAGCACUUCUAAAACUUGAAGUAAUGCUUGGAUAGGAACAAGUUUCUUUAUCCUUUCACACGUCAUAGCCCAACAUUUUUCAAUUUGGGUAGGGGGAAUAAAAAAAAGAAGGCUUUCCAGGAAAAUGAAAGCAAAACACUCCCCCACCCCAAUUUUUUCCAGAGUUCUUAUGUGCCUUCAUAUAUUUAAAACCAAAUAGUUUUAAGUGUGGGAAACUUCUACUGAUAGUCUCACAUUUCAGUGGUAACCUCAUAGUUUGGUCUGUGCUUGUUUUAUUUCCAAGUGAGCAGCUCAGUUCGUAGAGGGGAGUAUGGAAGGAUAUUAUGGAGGGUGCAGGGGGGAAAGCAGCUGCCCGACUUUUCUAGAGCUCCACAUUAAGGUAAAGGUAAAGGGACCCCUGACCAUUAGGUCCAGUCGUGGCCGACUCUGGGGUUGCAGCGCGCAUCUCGCUCUAAAGGCUGAGGGAGCCGGCGCACAGCUUCCGGGUCAUGUGGCCAGCAUGACUAAGCCGCUUCUGGCGAACCGGAGCAGCGCAUGGAAACGCUGUUUACCUUCCUGCCAGAGUGGUACCUAUUUAUCUACUUGGACUUUGACGUGCUUUCGAACUUCUAGAUGGGCAGGAGCUGGGACUGAACAAUGGGAGCUCACCCAUCAUUGAGAUUUGAACCGCCGACCUUCUGAUCGGCAAGCCCUAGGCUCUGUGGUUUAGACCACUGUACCACCCUUUACCCCAGAGCUCCAUAUAUCUGGCUGCUAAUAUGUGUAUGGCGCUGCUGAUAACAUGGAGAGAUCCUGGCUGGUUGAAUACUAUCCUUUCCCAUUAGGUAGAGGAAGGGCAGGCAGUUUGGUGGUCAUGCUGAAUAGCAUACCAAGCUGCUCCUCAUUCAGAGGCACUGUGCCCCACAAACCCUCCUCUAGUUCUCUGUUACUCGGAAGAAGCCAAGCAGUUUGUAAAGGGAAGAGAAGGAAACAAAACAAAAAGCAGUUGUGAAGGUUGGUACACAAAUGCCACCUGCCCACACACCCACUAGCGACCCUGUUCUCACUUCACAGUAAGUCUGAAACUGCGUCUUGCUGUGAAUUGCGCUCGUCUGUCUCCUCCCUUUGCCAAGCUCGGGCAAAACAAAUCACAUUAUGUGCAAACCAGUGCUCUUGCAACAAACUGGUUUGUUCUUGGCUUCUCCUCAUGGUUUGUUUGGACAGGAACAAACCACAAAGUCAGGGCUGUGUUUGGUGUGCACGGUAAGCUACAGUUGUUUCCGACCAAAGCAACUUACAAAUAAAUUAUUAUAUAUUUAUUUACACCACCCCCUUUCCCCUGACAGGGAUGCAAGGUUGCUUACAGAUAAAAAUAAGAACAGCUAAAGGCAUGCGAGGAGGGAAUAAUUAAAAAAAAAUUAAAUGUUGAUAGAAUUAAAACUAAGACUUACAUUUGCCAGGUUUGCAUAGCGUAGUAUCCUACUUAAUCCUAAAAAGAGGGACAACUUUUCCUGGUCUUGAUUCUUCCUCUUCACUAGCAACCAGGCAAGAGGCUAUUUACAAACCUCUGUUAAAAUAGAUGACGGCUUUGGUCUAAAGAUUCCUGUCAACACGCCCUAGUGGUUGCCAUUUAGCGGUUAUUCUGUUUUAUUCUCCAAGUGGUUUUCAGUGCAGCCUAUCCCACUGCGGAGGGUCCCCAGACACUUUGGGGCUAAACUCAGAGGCCUCAGUACAUAUUGCAAAGUUCUCUUUACAGCCCUUAGUAUUAUUAUAGAGAACUGAGUUGAGUUAAACAAAAAAGAGUUAAACAAAAAACAAAAGCCCUUAGUAUUAUUAUAGAGAACUGAGUUGAGUUAAACAAAAAGGUCACAACACUGAGUUCUCCUCAGUGCCUUCCCCUUCCCUAAGCUAAAAUUGCACUUGGCGGAUUGUAGUUCCAACACCUUUUAAAGCUUGCCUACUAAUUUCACACACUUUUAGAUCUGCUGGUAGCAGCCGCCCUCCCUGGCCAUGCUAGGAAUUGACUGUGGGAAGCUUCCAUCGCAGGACCUGUGCAGCUGUACCACUGAGUUAUGACCCUUUUACAGAGGGAUCAGUGGUGACUUGCCAGUCCCUGGCCCCCAGGAUCAGGCCGUAGUGCAAGUACAUAAACUAUUGUGCUGCAUGGCAGCAACUGGUGGUGAUAGCUUUCCACAAUUUUACCUUACAGAGAGAAGCAGCCUUUUGUAAGUUUGUAAGAAAACUUAAGUUCUGUUUUAAGUGAUUAAGGUUACAUUAAGGUUUUGUUUUAAUCCAGUUUAACGAGGGAAAGCAGUGCUUGUUACAGAAAAACAGCAAAAAAACUUGUUUUUUUUAAAAAAAUAGAUAAGUUUUUUUUUUAAAAAAAUUGCUCUAAAUAGGGUUUUAUUUAAAUAAGCCAUAUUUGCAGUAGAACCAUUGAAAUCAAUGGACAAAUUAGUAAUUCCGUUGAUUUUGGUGGGCCUGCACAGAGUAUGACCCCAGUCAUACACAACCCGUAUGUUCUCGUUUCCUGUGUUCUUAUGCAAAUCCAUGUAAAGAGAAGCCAUAGCUCAGUAGGUAGAGCACAUGUUUUGCAUGCACAAAGCUGCAGGUUCAAUCCCCAGCAUCUCCACCGUCAAAGGGUUUCUCUCCGCCUGGUACCCACAGAGAGCUAAGACCACUUGAAGUUGAGCAGUCCUCCACAAGCUUGGGUCACUAGAAGUUGUUGGAGCUACAACCCCACCAUCCGUGACCAUUGGGCAUGCUAGCUGAGGUUGAUGGGGGUUGUUGUCCGAAUACCCAGUGAUCCACAGUUGGGAAAGGCUUGAGCUAGAUAAACCAAGAGGCUGGCUCCGUAUAAGGCAGCUUCAUAGGUCAUUUGUUUCAGGUACAGUUUCUGGUGUCUGCAUAGCCGGGCUUCAUCAAUGUGUUCUCUGGAUCUUUCUCUUACUGCAUGUAAAAUGUUGAUCCCAACGAUUUAAAAACGCUUCUCACUGUUGCUGUGCUAGGAAAUUCUGUGUCUAGAAUAAAAGCUGCCGGACUAUAAAAUUCUAUAUCUGUAAUAACUGUUAUUUACACAAUUAGUCAAUAAAGAGGUGUAAUUUCCUCUCCCCGAGAUGGCAGUUGCCUCUGUGGACAUCUCUUUCUGGCUGUGCACAGCCAUGCUGUGAAAACCGUUUUAAGAUUCGCAGGAAAGGAUAGCUAAUCCAAUUAAACUGCUGGAGGGUUUUAGGUAGAUGGCUGAAAUGUUUAAACUGGGACUAUGGGAUAAGAUGGGCAUUACGAUUUCCUCCUGCUCCCGGAAUAUAUUGCGGUUCAAAAAAGAAGCAUAGGAGCAAAGAGUGUAUUUGUGUAAAUAUGUGUGCUACCAUAGUGCCAUUUUUGUUCUCACCUGGUGGAUUUAUGUGCCUUCAAAAACUUACCUUGCACUAAAGACUUAUUGAUUGCAUAACACAUUCAGAAAAUUAGGGGAGUGCAGACUCUGUACAAAGGGGGCUGUGCCCUAUGCCACAUUGUGUUGUGAUCAAGAACUUGAUUGUAGUUUAGUUGACAGAACUGGGAAGGUGGUGUAAAUAUUUUGAGUCAUGCAUGGGAAGACCUUUAAUCAGGUUUCGCCUUUCUUAGAAAGGGAUGAAGUCGCUAAAGGAAGAUGAGUGUCAUUCAUAAAUUAGGAGGUUUGAGUGGUGGCUAAACAUGAGAGGAGCCCUGCUGGGUCAGAUCAAAGGCUUAUCUGGUCCAGCAUGCAAUCAGAUGCCUAUGAGAAGCCUCCCACAAGCAGGUCACGGGCACAAUAACACACUCCCACUCACAUCCCCCUACAACUGGUGCUCAGAGACACAUUGAUCAUAUGUAGCUCUCAUUACUAGUAGCCAUCAACAGCUCUGUCCUCUGUUGGUAGUUAAUGGUACUCAGGACUGUAUGCAGUCAAUUGGUCUAUAGGUGCCAAUUGGUCCAGUGGCCAUUGAAGCCCUCCCCUCAACUGCCUGUCUUUCAUCUGGCUGGCACAAACAAUCCAUGUAUCGCCUGUUACUUCUAAGUUGGAUCAGAAGCAAUUGCUUGAAAGUCACUUGUAGUUCUUUCACUUUCCCUCAGUCUGGCAAGAAGAUUGUUGCAGACAUCAGGGUGACUGCCCUCCUCCAGAUCCAUUGAGUGUCAUGGAGCUGGCAGUAAUAUCCAAUAACAGGUGAAAGACCACUGGCAAAAUGGAGACUCCUUGCAUCAGUCUCCCCAAUCCUUGCAUUGAGACUUGCUAGCUGGUCAGUUUAGUGGCUGACUGCACAGAUUUGUGCCAUGUUGGAGAAGUGGCAUGGAUCUCUCAUGGUAUUUUUAAUUGUGAUAUAUUUAGGCUACUCCUGCUUUAAAGGUGUGAGCUGGUAUUUAGACCUAAGUAAGGUGGAUGGAUUUACUUUCAGAGUCUUCCAUAAUGCAGGUUUGUCCAGCUCAUUGAGAACUAGAUUUGAGAUGCAAAAAGUGCUACAACUCCCCAGGAGAAGAGACCCUCUCCAGAAAGCUCCGUUCCAGUUUCUGACUUCAGGGAUUCUGCACUGAUGUUUUUAACAUAUCAAAAGGCGGGGCCACCACAACUCAGGGAGCCCUGGAAAGGUGGCUGUGCCUGUAAUAAUCAGGUCAUUUAAAGAUCUUGUCAUAUUUUAUUAGCUGUCCUUGUUUUUACAGCUGUGGCACUUGCUUGUUAAUACUCCCAUCUCUGAGGAGGGAGGACUGCUUCCCAGCCUUGUUUUACAGCUUGCAGAGUGGGAGGCAGAGGGCAGCAGUUUCCCACAGCAAAAAGACUCAGCCGUACUUUGCUUCUUUAGAUCGAAAUCAGCUGUGGCAUUGAUUCUUCUAAUUUGCUGGGAUUUCCAAGGCUGCGUACGUAGGGGCCGCCACUCAUCGCAGCAUCCAUUUCUGUGAACUUCCUCACUUAUCGGAGGCCGACGGAAGUUGCUCCGCUGACUAUUCUGAAAGGUUCAGGGCAGCCUGCUCAAGCAGGCUUAUCUUCAUGUUCGGAAUUCUCUUCUUGCAGCGUUGGUCAGGUCAUGAGCUGGGGAAUCAGAGACUCAUAGAAUUGUAGAGUUGGAAGGGAUCCCAGGGGCCAUCUAGUCCAAUCCCCUGCAAUGCAAGAAUAUUUUGCCCAACGUGGGGCUUGAACCCACAACCCUGAGAUUAAGAAUCUCAUGCUCUACCAACUGAGCUAGGUGUUUAAUCUUGCCAUUCAAAAAUGUCUUCGCGCCGAGGCGUGUUUGGCUGUGACAGCUAGGAUCCCCAGUCCCACAUAGGAAGCAGCCUUUUACAUUAUUUUGGAACAGUUACGAUACAAUAAUCUUUAUUGUCAUUGUCCCAUGCAGAACAACGAAAUUGAAAAAAUCUACACCAGACAUUCAAAAACCAACAAGCCUGCUAUCCCAGCCUGGUUAACCCCCUAAAAACUCUGAUACCCCAUAAUUAAAUACAAUAUACAUCCAAUAUGCAUCUUACACUGCGUUUAAAACCAAAAUCGCAUUUGGAUAAAAACUGUUUCUCAGGCAGCUAGUCCUAGUCUUUAUAACCCUGUACCUUCUUCCAGAAGGCAGAAGCUGAAAGAGAUCAUUUCUGGGGUGCAUACUAUCCUGCACUAUCUCUACAGCUUUUUUAUGACACCUGGAAGCAUAGAUUUGGCCCAAGGUGGGAAGAGCACACCCAGUUAUUCUCUCCGCAGUCUUUACAACCCUGGACAGCACUGUUUUUUUCCUGACUCUGCAGCUUCCAAGCCACACACACAGACCAUAAGUAAAUACACUCUCAGUCAUUCUCUGUUCUAACUUUUCCUAAGAAACUGAAGCCCCUUUUGCAUGCAUUCUGCCAGGAGGAACUGCGGGUGUUUUGGUAUUGCUUUUAUAGUUGACUUGGUAGGUAGACCAGAAAUAUGGCAGCAGCCCUCAUGCCGCUGAUGUGGCAGCUGCACGCCCAAGAGGUUUGGAUUUUCUGCACGUGUGGCAAGCAGAAGAGGUCUUCUCAUGUGAACUGUUACUGAAUCAUAGGGAUCUUCCACAUUUUCUUCUGGUUGCAGGAGAUUUCUUGGGAGUGGGAUGAGAGCUUUCCACCUUUCAUCUUCUGUUAUUUUCAUUCAAAAUCUAAUAAUAUGGCGCAGAUAGCCCCUCUGGGACACCUGAAGCAGCAGUAACUAUGUAGGGACUAGGGAGAAGAGCAUCUGAUAGCAUGGGGAAGUACAGGAAUCUUUUUCGUGGAAGACCCAUUUUGCCUUCUAUCUCUCAGUCAAAAUUGGUUUGCACGUUUACUCCCCCUCCCCCACUGAUAAUUAGAGCAUACAAGCUAAAAUCUUGCCAUUGAAAGAGAAAGAAGGUGCAAGGAAAAUGAGACUUUGGUUCUUGAGGUUGAAAACAUGUUCUGACAAAUUUGGCACCGGGCAGUCAAGUAUUUUGAACACUGAAAAUGUUGCGUAAAUACUGUGGUGGAGGAGGUGAGCUGGGCAGAAGCAAAAGGUAUUUUUUAAUGGAGCCAGGAUGUCAUUCUUCCUGCUGUUAUUCUGAGCGUGACACUUGGCUUCCGAUGGUAAUAUUUGUGCUUAGUCAUUGUUAAGGAGGGCUUUACAGUCGUGCUCUCAGGAACCAUCCCAAUAAUUCCCUCUUCUUCCGACAAGCAGUGCCUCACUCUAUAUUUUGCUUUCCCUCCCUCCUCAUCUCCUUGUAGACAGCUGCAAGUCUCUGGACCAGCUGAGCCUCACAAUCCCUGUGGCAGGGCACCCUGUUUCACCUGCCCACCCACUCUCAGGAUGUCCGGUACCAAGUGUGCCACCAGCUGCAGAACCUGUUCCUCACUUGCAGACGCCCAACUCGGAGCCCCAGACUAUGGCCCGUGAGUGCCCACAGAGCUCCAAGCCUCCCAGUGGUUCCAAAUCAGGCCUCCGCAACACCGCCAGCUGUUUACAUGUGUCCGACAGCAAAACCGUUGGGGGUCACUCUCAUCCAAAGCAGCAACGGAUCAACCGGAGAAGAGCCACCAAUGGCUGGAUACCCAUUGGAGCAGCCUCCGAGAAGGCUGUCUAUGUUGUGGUAAGCGGCCUGCCAAAACUGCAGGGGUUUUUUUCUCCAAUAAUGAGGUUUGUUUAUGAUGGGGCUUGCUUGCUGGCACCUUGAAUAUACAGCUCUAGGCGCCAAGCAAAAACGUUCCUCUUUAACCAGGCCUUUGGCUGAUUGGCAUCCAAUGCCCUUUUAAAAUGUGUUGGGUUGUUUUUGAUUUUAUUAUGUAUUUUGGGUUUUUGUAUUGUGGUUUUAUGUUGUAACCACCUUGAGACCUGUGGGUAUAGGGUAUAGGGUAGUACAGUCGUACCUUGGAAGUCAAACAGAAUCCGUUCCGGAAGUCCGUUCAACUUCCAAAACGUUUGGAAACCAAAACGGGGCUCCUGCAGCCAAUUGGAAGCCGCGGAAGCCUCGUCAGAUGUUCAGCUUCCAAAAAUAGUUCAUAAACCGGAACAGUCACUUCCAGGUUUGCGGCGUACAGGAGCAAAAAUGUUCGAGAACUAAGCUGUUCGAAAACCAAGGUAUGACUGUAUACAAUUUUAAUUGAUGAUGAUGAUGAUGAUGAUGAUAAUUGACUUUAUGUGCCCUGCCCCACCCUGCUCCUGCUUCUGUGUUGGAAAAAGGUACCAGUGGAGCCUUGUUAGGCGCCAACAUCUUUCAUCAUAGAGCAUCCUUGUAUUAAGUGGGACUGCCCUGUGUUGUGUUUUACUGCAAAGAAGUUUAAACAGAUUCUUCUCCCAGGGAUGUUAAGCCUGCGGGCAGAGGGCUGAAGUACCCCACUUUUUGCAGAGCUGCUUUCCUUAAAACCGGUGUGAACAAACUGAAGUUGCUUGAAGAUUUCUUUUCCCUUUCUUUUCUGGGUUUCAUAAUCAUUGCCUUUCAUCUGAGCAGCAUGUUUUGCUUCUGAAAUUAACCUGCUGGGAGGAGAGAGAUGCAUCCUGCUGUUUUGUAUGCUGCAGCUUCUCCAUGGGUUCCUCUGGCAGCGCGGACACACCCUUUCUGGCAGAAAGAUUUCUGCUUGGUGUAGGUGGAUUCAAGGAAGCUGGCGUCUGUUUCUCAGCAUUGUUUCCCUGCCUCACUUCUUUCCUCGGCACUCUCUCUUGUCGAUAUUUGUAGAACGAACCAGAGCCAGCUGUUCGCAAGAGCUACCAGGCCGUGGAGAGAGAUGGAGAAAUCAUCCGGGUCCGAGACACAGUCCUCCUGAAAUCUGGACCACGAAAGAAAUCUAUGCCUUAUGUGGCAAAGAUAUCGGCCCUAUGGGAAGACCCCAAAACAGGUAUUGGAUGGGUAAAUGACUGCCAUCUCCUUUGUAGGCAGUCAGGGAGAAAUGGAAUGGGAGGUAGCAAGUGAUGGAUGGCUUGUAAAUGCACGCAUGCACACACCCACCCAGCUAAUACUGAAUUUCUUUAUCAAAGAACUAAAGAGUUAGAAGAGAAUUGGAGGGUCAUCCUGUCCACCUUGCCUCCACACCUCUGCCAAAGCCUCUGUAUUUUAUUAAUGAUUCCAUCCAAAUUAGAAGGAAGCAGAAGGCCCAUUAUGUCAAAGUUCCCCACGGGGCAACAAGUAGGCUUAGCAGAACACGUUAAGGAAGUGAAUUGUGAGCCCACCAUCUCAACAGAGCCGAACCACAGCAGCCACGAUAAUAUCAAAGCAGCGCUCAACCCAGUGGAACAGGAGAUCUCAAAAUAAAGCAGCGUCACAAGGACAGCAGCCCAGUUAAAAUCCUAAGAAAAGUGAAAAAUUGGUGGUCAACAAAUGAGUUUUCCAUGUUCCCUUAAGGGCCUGUAAUGAUGGAGCCAGUCGAAUCCCAAUUGGAACAGUUUCACAAAUGUAGGGUCACUGCCGAAAAAGUUUUUUCCCUUCUGUCCGCCAGCCUGAUGGCUCACACACGGCAAGCCUCUGAAACGGCUCUCAGCACACAGGCAGGCUGAUGAGACUGAAGGCAGUCCUUCAGUAACCUGUUCAGGGCUUUAACGGCCAACAACAGACAUUUAAAUUUGGCUUAGAAAUAUAGUAGCACUGGCAGUGUAACUGGAGCAAUAGAGGUGGUGCCAGUUCCUGGGCAUCUGUGUUUUGAAACAGUUGGAAGUUUCUAAACUGUCUUUAAAGACAGACCACAAAGGCACCGUAUGGCAGUGAUGCUCUGGAAACCUUACAUCAGGUGUGGGGAACCUUUGGGUCUCCAGAUCAUGCCAAACUAUAACUCUCCUCAUCCCUUGUACUGAAUGGGAGGCCACUUCAGAGGCUUCUGCAAUUAGCACGGAAAGAGCCUCUUAUUUAGUGCUCGGGGAGUUCUUCAGCCUCCGUGGCCAGGUCUUCUGCAACUCCCAUGCAUCCUAUGUGGGACACAAGUGCAUCCAUCCCAUUUCAGAGAAUUGCAUCUGGCUGGUGGCCCUCUCUGUUGCAGAGACAGGCGAGAAAACCUAUUUAAUUAUUUUGUACUAGGGGCUGCUGCCCCAUUGCCAGUCUUCCCUUUGCACCCUCUUCCCCCAUCCCUUCAUAGCUUGCCCCCCAACCCCCAUUCCUGCAGGUUUCCUUCUCUAGGCCAGGUCAGCCAAGAGUGUGUGAAGUGAAGCGAAAAACUUUAUUCCCUUCAUUUCCCUCCCCUUGCGAGCAACAACAACAACAAGGGGAAGUACAGGAAUGCCGUUUCUCUUACUGCUCUUAAGAACUGCAAAUUCUGGCUCUUGCCUCAAGCCACGUACUUGGGGAAUGUGUGCCCUCCAAACAGUUGCACUGUCUCUCUGCUGAUCGUAACAUCUGAGCAACACCUGCUGCCACGUGAUUCUUUUAACAGCCAGAAUCUCAGAAGCCACUAAUUAGACUAAUGUUCUUUAUAGUUCGCAUUCUGGGAAAUAGCGUCAAACUCUGGUUUCUGCCUGCUUUGUAAUCCGUCUUCUAGCAGCUAGGAUCAUGCAUGCCGUGCUGCAGGUGGGAACAAAAAGCAAAAGUCCUGUGGGGGAGCAAGGUGGUUUCUCCCUUUCCAGGCCAAGGGGUGGUUGGGUUUUGAGGUGAAGUUUCUUAAUUUGCUGAAGAUGACUCAAGACUUAAAAGUUAAAUGGCAUUAACUUUAGUGGGGAAACUUACAUAUAAAUGGGAAGCAGUUGGGGGACGAGCAAAUAAAGAUUACUUUGUGGGAGGGUGGUGGGAUUUUACCACCUUUCUUAAUGAUAAAACUAAGGAUAUAUCUCUUCCUUCACAACAUAUGAGGGUUUGGACAUCUUAAAAUAAAGUGCUAUUUGGUAGAUUUGCUAUAUUUUGGUACGUGUUAUGCUUCACCUUUCUUUGCCACACUUGCCUGUUGAGGACUAACAGGACAUUCUUAUGGCACUUUGAACCAAAGGGUCUGUUGGUUGGAGGAGGAAAGGAAUUAGUUUCGUUUCAGUUAGUUAUUUGAGGGUAGUAUAAUAGUGUGGUGCAACUGUAUCAGCAUCCGCUGCUUAUGUAUUUAUUUAUUCUUGAAAAUUUAACAAUUUUUCCCCCAAAAAAUAAAAAGUUACAUUCCAAACGCCAAUAGUAAAAAGGGUACGAGGAGCAUCCAAACCUUUUGGCUUCCUAAAGAAGAAUGCUGUGCAAUUGUCCCAGAGUGCCUACAGCUGAGGCUUUGUGUGGCUAAGAAAGCGGUUUGGAAUUCUAGAGCUCUAAUCCAGUUUUAGUUCAGCCUCUGGUUCCCAGAUGAUGUUGGACUAUAGCUCCUAUCUUGCCCUCCCAGCUUAGCUCAAUGGUCAGGGAUCAUGGGAGCUGUAGUCCAAUACAUAUGGGAAGUCAAGGUUGAAGAGCGUUGCUCAGAUAAAGCUUCAACCCACAACCGUGUUGCCUUGCUUUGAAACGGCAGAACAACCAUCCUGUUUGUAGAAGCUGUUUGUUGUCGCUCGUGAGACAAUCUGAGCAGCCCGAAGGAAGUCUAAACAGGCUGACAGUGUAAAGACUGAACUGACUAGAACAAGUCAUUCAAUCCUGGGCAAAUAAUUAACUGCUUCCAUGACUGUUAAUUUUGUGGGUGAAGACACGCACAACUUUUUUAAAGUGGGGAGUGUCACAUAACUUACUUAAAUAUUUCUUAACGAGCCUUCCUGAGACGAUUCCAGAGUGGUGCAGAAAUGUAUGAGUAUGCACAUCUCUUAUUUCUGCCAUGAAGUCAGGCUCACCUUAUAGCCGAGGGAAUGCUGGGAUCUCUCUUUUGCUAUGUCUGUGCUCCUGCUGAUGUGCGAGAUUUCUUUGAAAACCUACCUUGUUUGCUUCCAGGGGAGCUGAUGAUGAGCCUCCUGUGGUACUACAGACCAGAGCACACUCAGGGAGGCCGCAAUCCUAGCAUGCAUCAGGUGAGUUGAGUAUGUCCGUGUGGUGGUUUGUAUGAUCAGGUGGGGAUCAUUGUGCCUUCAUUUUCUUGCAGGGAGAAGGGAGAGUGAUUAACAGGUGCUGCCUAUUUCAAAACAUAUGGAAUCUUCUAUUCCUGGUUAGCCAGGCCAUCUCUUUCUGUAACUAUAACCAGUGUUGUUUGAUAAGUAAAUACCUGCUGCAUCUCAUAAAUUGGCAAGUAAUCUGAGUUCCGGUGUAAAAUCAGCCCUCUACUGCCUCAUUCAGAACAUUCAUGAUUUUACAGUCAACUUGUAGUUGCUUUGGAAGUGUGCUGUUACCUCUGUGAAAGUCUUUCCCCUUUUGAACGCAUGCAAGUUAAAUGUGCAUAAGUUGUGAGUUACCUGUACGGUUGUACCUUGGUUGCUGAAUGCCUUGGAACUCGUACAUUUCAGCUCCCGAGCAAUUGAAAACCAGAAGUGAGUGAGCCGGUUUUCGAGCAAUUUUUGGCAGCCAAUCAGAAGCCACGCCUUGGUUUUCGAACAGUUCAGGAGUCAAACAGACUCCCAGAAUGCAUUCUGUUUGGAAACCUAGGUACAGCUGUAUUUAAAGAGACCUCUUUAAAUGCAAGGUUUAAAGAUCUGCACCUGUUGUAUUUCUCCCUUCACAGGCAAUUCUUUUAUUGUACACAGGUGUUUGUCUGUUAUGGAAGGUUUGAUCAUCUUCCCCACAGUUUAAUAGGUCAGUUGCACUUUUUUGAGCAGCAGCAAAAACAAAAAUGCUCUCCUUGUUUCUUCAGCACCAAAAAACCGCAACACCCUAGAAUUCCUUUUGUCAAACUAGUUCUAGCUAUGUUGCCCUGCUGACAGGAUGAUUCAGCCACUCCUGAUUGCUUCAUAUCUGUUCUAGAAUGACACAGGGGGAAAGAGUAUGCUAUUGCUUGCCUUUCAAGUUAAAAUAAUACUUUAAAAUUGUGUGGGAAAGAAAGGAGGAGUUUGUGAGGAUAAGGGAGGCAUCUGAUUUGAAGAGUUGACAAGCAGGUUCCAGAAACAGAAAGAAGAAGAAUCUUGUAUAUUGGUCCAACUUCUGCAGUGAUUGGAAAGGCAGUGCAACCUUUUAUAAUGCACUUGAAUGUCUCUGAACUGACAGAGUUCUGUCUUAAUUAACAGUUCCAUGUAAAAUAUAAACAUUAACAUCCAAGCCCCAAAGCUUGCAAAGUAGCAGUGCUGUUAAAAUGGAUUCCAGUUAACAUUUUCUCAAAAGGGAAAAACAAAGCAUAAGGGUCAAAAAGCACUCUAUGGUAUCAAUUAUAAAAACUAUUUUGCAACAUAGUGGUUUUCUUACUGGCUGCAAAAUAACAUGAAAAAACUACAUUUACUCUAGGGAGUAUAAUUCUUCACAAGUUAUUCUACCUAUUUCUGGCAAUAUACCUCCACUGCCUUGGGUGGUAUCUUGAGGAGAAGAAAAGGCUGAGUAAACCCCACAUAAAUCUGGGAGUGAAGUCUCCAGGAAGAUUAGCGCUUUGUACUCCUCCUUCCGGCAAUUCCUGCAGCCAAGCUGGUGCCAAAUAUACUUCUCUGCUUUCCUUUGGACUGUAUUAGUGAGGCCAAGGGGGGUGGUCUUGCUGUCUGGGCAGCCCUGGACCUCCAUAAACACUGCCCAGGUUUGUGCCCCAGGGAGGUCACUUUGGUGCUGCUAACACAGCUGUUUGACUUCACCCCCAGAGGUGCACUCCAUUGUCUAUCAAGACAAUCAGAUGCCGGCAACCUUCACGUGAAUCAUUUAAAUGAUAGAAUUUUAGUAAGGCUUAGAAGCCUUGUGGAUGUUGAGAUUAAAUUAAGGCUGUAAUCCUGUGCACACUUACGAGAGAUUAAUUUUAAUUGGGCUUGCUCCUUAGUACCCAUACGUUAAGAUUGGGCAGUUUAGCUCCCAGACAGCUAAAGGAGAAUCUCAACAGCGAAUGCCUUAUAUAAUCUAAAACUACCUUCACUAAAUUGGUGCUCUCCAGGUGGUGGCUUUGGGUUCCAAACAUCUGCUGGACACCAGGCCGGCAAAGGCUGGUCUAAAAAGAUGACAGCUCAUAGGUUCAACUUGAAACAAUACCUCAUAUGUGUCCCAUGAGAAGUUGCCUCACGGUCUAUGUCAGGGGUCUGCAACCCGCGGCUCCGGAGCCGCAUGUGGCUCUUUUACACCUUUGCCGCGGCUCCGGGGCGGAUACUAGCGAGGGGAGGAGGCGCAUUGUGCGCCCUGACACUCCCCACUGUGGCGGGCGCUGUACUGGCUGUGACGUCGCAUGGGGGCGCAUGACUAACGCACGCACCGUCCCGACGUCACCUUCCCGCCUGCCUGCCCGCUACAUUGUAAGGGGCAUGUACGCUGGUCACUGCAUUGAAAGGGGGCAUGUAUGCUGGUCACUGUUUUGAAGGGGAGUGAAGAACACACACACACACACACACACACACAAAGGUAACUUGUUAAUUUAACGUUUAUUUCUAUGAGGAGGAGUAAUUCUGAGGGGUCAAACAAAGAAAUAAUAAAAAAAGUGACAAAAAAGUUAUUUUUAUAAUGACGAGUUUUGCGGCUCCCAGUUUUUUUUUCCUUCGGAAACGGGUCCAAGUGGCUCUUUUGGUCUUAAAGGUUGCAGACCCCUGGUCUAUGUUCAAAGUGGCUGCCUGAGAAACAUGCAGGCAUGAUGUCUUAGCAGGCCAGAGACAACUGCCUCCCCCCACCCAGGAAGUUUUGCUAUGCAUUGCGACAGUCCCAACUGUGUGCUCUCUUGCAGAAUGAGAUCUUUGCAUCCCGACAUCAGGAUGAAAACAGUGUAGCCUGUAUCGAGGAGAAGUGCUAUGUCCUGACCUUUGCAGAAUACUGCAGGUAGGUGGUGCUCUUACCUUGCUUUUGCUGUUGUCUCAGAGUUCCAGAAAGGCAGUUUCCACGGCAUGGUGUGUGCUUUGCUUUGCUGCAUUUUCUGAUGGGUGUGUUCCUUCUCUCUCUGCCUUGGCAUUAAUCAUGCUUGUCUGGGCAUCUCAAUCCAUUUUCAGUUGGUUAUUCUUGGUAUGUCUAGGAGAAAAGAGUAUUACUACUUUGGCAUCUUUACUGUUUUAGUUUAAAAAACGAAACAAAAAACUUGUCCACUCACCACCCACCUGCCAACUCAUUCCUCUCUCAGUAAAACUGGGGUUGGGGGGGGGAGAAUUGUUAGAAGCUCAUUUAAAAAAUGGAAGAGUGCCGUUUUAUAAUCCACAGUCUUAAUCAAAAUACAACACCCCACUAACAAUAAAUACAGCUUAAGGCAUAAGAAUCUCUCUUCCCCCAGUAGAGAAAUUUGAAUCCUUUUUAGAAGGAACAUUUAAUGUUUGCUAAGUGUAUCUAAGCGCCUGUGCAUUAUUAAAGGACGUUUGUCUGGACUAUAGGGAGCAGUCUUCUGUAUAAUUUUGUAGUCGUGAGCUGUUGGUUUCCUAAAGUAUUUCAUUGUUAUAAAAUAGUUUUGAAGUCCAAGGCAAUCCUCGCCUAUCUAGUCCAUGGGGCCAUGUAAGAUAAAGAAGUGGCCAGUCCUUAUGAUUAAGCUGUGCAGUAGGACGGAAUUGAGAGCUCCAUCCCACCUAUAAACCAAACCGCCUAUGUCUUCCCUAGCCCUUUUAAAAGAAGCUCCUGUUUAAAUAAUUUGACUUGUUUUUUUCAUGUAACAAACAAGACUGCCUUGUGCAUUUCCUUGUGAAAAGGGAGUAUAGUGGACGCGUGGGUUGCGAACGUGAUCCGUGUGGAAGGCACGUUCGCAACCCGCAGCGCCGCGUCUGCGCACACGCGGGUUGUGAUUCGGCGCUUCUGCGCAUGCGUGACCGCCGAAACCCGGAAGUAACCUGUUCCAGGACUUCCAGGUUUCGGCGCAUCUGUAACCCAAAAAAACACAACGCGAAGCGUCUGUAACCUGAGGUAUGACUGUACAACUGUGGUACCUUGGUAGUCGUAUGGCUUGGCUCCCAAACAAAUCAGCUACCGAAUGCCACAAACCCAGAAGUGAGUGUUCCAGUUUGCAAACAUUUUUCGGAAGCCAAACAUCUGACGCGGCUUCCGCGGCUUCCAAUGGAGUGCAGGAAGCUCCUGCAGCUUGCCUUGGAAGCUGAACCGUUUCGGGAGUUGAAUGGAUUCCCAGAAUGGAUUAAGUUCAAGAACCAAGGUACCACUGCAUAAUUUUUAAAAAACAGAUUGGGUUAAAACUGGUUUGGUUGUUUGUUUAUUCAUUUUAUUUAUUCAUAUAAAUUAUUUCUAUACCAUGAUUCAUAAAUAGUAUCAGAGCAGCUUACAACAAUAUAUACAUAAAACCAUGCCAAAAGCCACAUAUAAAAAAAUCUUAAUUGAGAAAUAAGCUAACUAUUGUGGAAAGAUAUAUUCUUAAUUGCCAGCAUAACCCUAGUGGGGUUAAAAUAUUGAAACAGAAGGCGUCUGCUGAAUCUGUUUGCAGAGUUUUCAACAAGACUCGGUCCAUGACACCAACGACUCAGUUACUUCUUGUUGGUAAAUGAGCCUAGCGAACUUGGGAAACAACCAGCAAUGCUUCUGCUGAUGAUUUCAGUGAUCGAGCUGGAAGAGAAGUGUUCAAGUGUCCCUAAGCUACCUAGGACCUCAGGUGUUCAGGGCCUUGUAAAUUAAUACCAGGACCUUGAACCUGGCUCAGUAGUAGAUGGGCAGGUGCCCCUAUGAGCAGUCUGGCUGCCACAGUCUGCUCCAGUUGGAGCUUCCAAGGGCAGCCAGUUGGAGCUUCCAGUUGCUCCAGUUGGAGCUUCCAAGGGCAGCCCCAAGGGCUGCCGUAAUCCAGUCUAUGCUUAUACAAACUCAGCAUGCAAAUGAUAUGCAUUCAACAGUGCAAGAGCAGAGUGAAUCCGCCCCCCGCCCAGUCACCCUUGUCAACAGAACAUGUGGGGAGUUUUUCUUUGGAUUUCAACAUGGCCGAGGUGGAGCAGAGGAGUCAGUAGGGCCACAUUACUAUACUUUUCUUCCAUGUAUUUUCUCUGAGGUCUUAUCAGUGCAUCAUGGGCCUUCAUGGCCCUCCUCUCAUUUUUCUGGCAGAUUCAAAAUGGGAAGAUCACUAUAACCAACGCCAGAGUCUGGUUUUGCUUGCCCUUGCCCUUUAGAGACAUUUAUUCUGUUCUAUAUGAAUUUAAUAAUGCUAAAAAUGUAGUAUUAUUCUUUUCUUUACUUUGCAGAUUUUGUGCCUUGGCGAAGCGUCGAGUGGAGGGGAUCCCGGGCAAGAAAGCCGUGAUGGUUCCUCCGUCGGAAGAGUAUUCCACCCCUGCCCAUCGCAAGGUGCCAGAGGACACUGACCCCGAGUUGGUUUUCCUCUGCCGCCAUGUCUACGACUUCCGGCACGGGCGCAUCUUGAAGAAUCCGCAGUAGCCGAGCUCUGCAGCUCCGUGGGGUUGACAAGUGGUGGCGGCGGCUGGAGAGCCGAGGGCAGCCUGACCUCAUUGCCGGCACGUGCUGUGGUGGAGCCCUGCCCUCGGGCACAGGAAGGGAUGCCCAAGCACUCUAUCCUCUGCGUUUGGGGAGCAGAUUUCCUGCCGAGGCAGAUGUUCAAAGCACAGCACUUCAUAUAAAGAGCAUAAAUGGAAAUAUAUAUCUAUAGAGAAAUGUGUGUGUGUGUAUAUAGAUAUAGGUACUUGCUUCUGUAAAUCUAUAUCUAUAUAUAUAUAUGUACAAUGAGCAUCUUAUAAGGGGGGAGGGAGGGAGGGGGGAGGGGAAAGGGCGGGGUGGUCCAGGGGAUAAAAGCCAGUAUAAACUGAAUCCAGAGCCAGUCUUGGUGGGGAUGGUUAGAGCAUACAGAAGGGGAACGAGUGCAGAAGAGAGCUGAGCUGCCGUGGGCCCUUGAUCUCGCGUCCUCGAUAUGAAGGCUGAGGGCAGAGAUCCUUCUGACCAGCGUCAUACUUGAGGUUGGAGAAGCACUCCUGUUUGGGAGACGUUUACGUGCUGCGUGUCCUUGCCACAUGCUGAACAUGUUUUGAUUUGGUAAGGGGAGGAGGACCACACUUGCUUUCUGGGGUUGUCCAGUCCGUUGUUUGCUUUCCUGGCUGGAUUUGAGCUUCACCUCCAAAGCAGGAAGUGGGAAAGAUGCAAUAGGAUUACUUCAGACCUUUAUGAAAAGCUGUGUAGAUUUAAUACACACACACACACGUAUGAGAGAAAACAGGGUCCAACCUUACGGAUCACUGCUUCAGAAGUGGGCAAGCACCUGAACAGCUCCCAGAGUUUAAUUGACAGCUGCUACAAAACCGAUACCUUCCCUCCAGAUGUUUGGAGAGGCAUCCCUUCUGCUGGUUGAAAUAGUGGAUAUUCUUUCCCAUCCCGAUUCCAUUUUUUUUGCUCUUAUUUCCAGCCCUUGUAGAACCUGGAUUUGCACACUCCAGCGUUCUCGGGAAGGGCUUAAAAGCCAGAGUUAGCAAGGACAUUGUACCGCUUCAACUGCAUUCUUUUCGAAACAGGCAUCCUAACUUGACCAGCCUGGUCUGCUUUUGCCUGCCUACCUCUCUCCUCUCCCAAACACAUCCCCACCCCCCGAAAAAAUAUCCUCUUGACACUGACAUCUGAGCAUGCCCACCAAGGCGAGACUCUUUGGCUCCCAAAAGGAACUGACCAAUGAGAGGUUUGCAUUUUGGAGAGAGAGAAAAAAAACUUGCUACCUGAUUCCUACGGAUACUUCUGCCUCUUGCCUUACAUGUAUAGGUGUUAGAAAGAAAGAAAAAACUACUUUAGUUUUGGCUUUAACACAAAGCUAUUUCAGUUAAUUCUAAAAGCAAACCAAAGGACAGCGUACGAAGAGCCCGCUGAACUGGUCACACAAAGCUGGGAUUCCAUUUGUAGAUUGCACUAAUUCUAAAGAAUGAGAAUUAACACUGGAUCAGUCGAUGUGCUUGCUGAUGGCCAGUCUCGCUCACCCGAACAAGGGACCUGUGGGGGUUAAUUUUUGGGUGUGUGUGUUGGGGGGGGGAGUGUUCUGAACUAGUGUUAUACGAUGAUAGAAACGUUCCUACGGCUUUAAUAUUGUCGUCUUUUUUCAAGUAGAAGUAGUACUUGCCCGCAGGCUGGAAUGGAGUCUUGCCACCUGGGCUCUCUCUGCCUGCCUGGCCCGGAGGAAGUAGCCCUGCCAUGUUCAGUUCCUUGUGCCAUGAGCACAAGUGGAGAUCUGCAGAUAUUGCUCAUCAUACCAAAGAUGGGAAAGUGAUGGGGAGGAGAGAGAGAGAGAGGUUGAGAAGGUCAAAGCAAGAGAUGGUUGGUUAUACCUCAAGGUCACGAGGAGAUGAUUCCUACUGUGUUUUAGUAGGGAAAGGAUUUGCUCCCUGCCGUUAUGGGGGAAAUUCCCACCCUAAUUCUGAGCAAGAAUCUGUGGCUGAUCCAAGCUGGCUAGUGCCAAAGUAAUGGCUUUAUUUCCCCCUGUAACCAUUGCUUGGGCAUGUCGUGGGGCUCUUGGGAGUUGCCGGAGCUACAAAGCACACCUUGUUAUAGCACAGGAAUGGAACAGAAGUUUCCAUGUGAUAUUUCCCUCAAGCAGGUGAGAGAGCCUGACUGUGAGGGAGGCUCAGAUUGGAUGGAAGGAAGGGUAGGGCUGGCAUCACUCUUUUCAGUCUGGAGGUAUGUUUGGGAGCAAUACUGUGGGUUCCGUAGUUGCUGCCUGUUCUUCCAUUUGCCUGGUUGAAGAGGGAAUUGUAGGGGAAAGAGAAUGACUGGAAUAGGGAAUGUUCCCAGAAUGAUAUGGGUAAAGUGUGUGUGUGUUAGGAGUUGAGUAGUCUGAUCUAUGCAGAAUCAGAUUUGGGGUUCCUUUCUCCACCCCUGUAAUUGGGGGGGGGGGAGAAACCACGUUGCUAGGUAUCCUCUUUUUCCGGGGAGGGGGGAAAUAGUAGUGUUGUUCAUGGUAUAGUGAAGGGAAUCCUCACAGCUUUUGAUUCGAGACUCAUGUUCAGGGUGCUACUGCCCUGUAAAAAGAGCUUUUGGGAAAACUGAGAAACCAGACUCAUUUCCUGAAAAAGCUGAUGUCUGCUACUGCUUCCUCCUCCUCCUUCGUCCUGCCUCCUCUCCAGACAGGAACAAAGAAAAUAAACUCACACAAUUGUAUAAAAGGAAAGAAAUUGUAUAUCUGCCCAGGUUUGGGGGUGGGCUAGAAGCCCCCUAUCUGGAGAGGAGAACCCCUAACCCUUCCGUGCUUCUGAUAUUGUCAGAAUCUACUUCAGGCCAAGAAAUAUUGUUUAAAGACUUGUGUGGUUGUUUUAUGCUGUUUUGCGGGCAGCAUGUAAAUGAUUUGAGAUGUCUUAUCUGAAAUGAAAAUAUUUCAUGCUUUUUUAAUCUAUUAGAUAUGGAAAUAUUUUUGACACUGAAAAUGCAGUCAGUAGAAUUUAAAUUGAAAUGUAAUACAUGUAAAAUAUAUUUUAGUUGAUAAUUUUGUAAAAUGCACUUUUUUGUGUCUCUUCCCUUGUUUCCCAGAUCUGUAUUUCAGUGUUUACAGAUGGAAUGAGAGCAUUCCCUAUACCCUCCUUCUGUGAAAAAGAUAUAUUAGAAGUAAUUCUUAAAAAUAAAUUUGAGAAAUUGUAUUGAUUUAGAAAACAAA